AUGAGCCCGGUUUUGGUGCUGUUUUUAUUAACAGUGCUUCCGUGGAGGGCUGUAACAAAAGGUAUGUGGUGCAAUGAGAAUAUCGGCAUUUUCAACCACCAGCUAGAAGUCCUAAUUACAUGAACAAUAACCUCGGUUUGGCGUGGAAAAUUUUAACGCACUUAGAGACAGAGAGAGCCCGCAGAGCUUGAGGAAAACUAUAAGCCUCGAGGCACAGGUACUGUCAAAAGACAAUAGCGAUAAAGCAUAUUUACACGCCAAGUGAAAGCUAUAGUGUUGAUCAAGUCCAACUUUUUCAGAGAACGGUUGAUUAGAACGGUCGAUUUUAUCUUUAGACUCUGUUAGCGACGACUGAUCUCCCUCUGUUCAACUUGAAAACCAUGUGAUACCCCAGAAGAUCCUCCACUACUUCAACACAGGCGAUGAAUAAUGAUUGCUCCCUUACUUGCAGCUCUACAAAAGAUACAUCCAAUCGUAUGACGCUUUGAAACCAAUCAAAUGCUAAAGAAAUUAUUUGAUGGAUGAAAACGCUUUUCUUUCUCUUCUUUCAGAAUUACACCACCUAGGAUGUUACAAAGAUGGCGAUCCGCGGGAUCUCCCUCAAAGAGUUCACGCACGAGAACUAGACGCUAACACUUGCAUAGAAAAGUGCAAAGAAUUACAAUUUAAAUACGCUGGAUUACAAUUUUCAUAUCUUUGUUUUUGUGGAAACAGUUAUGGAAGAUAUGGAGAACUUCCAGAUGCCCUCUGUUCUAGCAAAUGUAACAGCAAGAGGGAUUCCUUUUGCGGUGGCCACUGGGCUAAUUCCGUUUACGAAACAGGUAGGCAUAAACCACACUGAAAGUGAGGCUUGUUCUCUUUUUAUUUAUCAGUGUAAUAAUUACCAAUCAGGUUAAAAGUAUACCUAUGAUCAGGCGUUUUCUUUGGUACAACGGCAGCGGGUAGCGCAGAAGAAUCGAAGUUUGGGAAACUAAUUAUCCCCUUUGCAGCCCGCUUUCAUGCAAAUUAUGAAGAUGCCAAGUAGCAAGGAAACAUAGAACGCCAUUCAGUUAAUUUUCCUUUAUGUUCUAGGGCACAACCCAGUUUCAAGAGAGGGACAGGGUUCAUCUCAUAAACAAGUCAAACGAGAUGAAGUAGUUUUGUUUGACAAAGUUAAAGAGUACAAUCGUAAGCCAGGUAAGACGGAAAUAUUUACAACAGAUAGAUUCCAAGUUUUCGUGCGUAUGUUCAAUAACACGUCACAGAUGACGUCAAAACGUAGUACGUAUGAUGGUAAUGUGGGAGAAUGUGCAGCAUCUAUGUUAUUUAUGGUCACGUCAUCUGCGCGUCUGUCCUCUAAUAAAACAAAGUAAGAGCUGAUCAAAACGCGUGUAUAAUUUAGCUUAUUGUGUAAAAGUUAGAUUGUGUCAUCGACUGCGCAGAGGUAAACAGCUAAGGUAUUUUUUCUCAUAAUAAGAUCUUGUUAAUCGACUGAUAUUAAGUUUAAAAAAGAGGUUUGGCUGACGUUAAUUUAAAUGGAGUGACUGGAAGGUAACAAUUUUUCUUCUGGGUUAUUUCAGCAAAUACUUGUCGCGAAAAGUUUUCAGAUUUAAAUUUUAGAUCGGUUAAUGUAUCAAAAGAAUCUUGAUAAUAUAUUUUGAACUUGUAGAGGAUCGAACAGUCACUUUAGACGUGAAUCCAUCUGAGUAUUCCUACAUCCCGCAUCCGGAAAAAGAUUCAAGCAUGAGGACUCAAAGAUCAGCCUCAUAUGACACAAACUCUUAUUACAAUUACCCCGGCAGUGAUUAUCGUUACGGGUCAAAUUCCGACACUACGGGCACCAGCGGGACAUCAAAUGGACAAGAGCAACUAGCAACUGCUUAUGGUCAAGAGGACUAUUAUAAAACAAACGCCGAUAGUAAUUACUAUUACAAUAAUUAUAAUGCAGCGCAGGACAGUGCUAACAACAGUACAAACUCCAACAGCCCUGCCUACAAUUCAUACUACUCAGCGCAACAAGAUAAUUCGUCAGCAACCUUGUAUAAUAGCAACGAUGUUUCCGCAUCUAAUUCAACUUCAAACAAAACAGAACAUGCGGCACCAAAUACAGCGUCUUCUUACACAGAUGCUAAUAAUUCGACACAGGAGAAUGCUUUUGUGAAGCAGGAUGCAUUGAGUCUGACAAACUCAUCCGCCGCAACAGCUGACUAUAAUGUAUCUCCUUACAAUGGCACAGAUAAUUCGUCGAGUCCGUUGGCAAGUGACACACAAUAUUCAGAUCAGCAGUCAGCAGGAUAUACAUACUCAGAGCAGGCGCUGGCGCCAGCUCAGACACCUUCUCCAGCGCCGUCUCCGUAUCCAGCGUAUGCGCCGAGCCCAGCACCUUAUCCAGCACCUUACUCUUACCCGGCGCCUUAUCCAUCACCAUAUCCGGCACCGGCUUAUGCUCCAUAUCCUGCCCCCGCUCCUUAUCCUUAUCCGGCGUACGCACCAUAUUCUUAUCCCUCCUCUUACCCAGCCCCUGCUCAAGCACCUUCUCCAGCCCCUGCAGAGGUGAAAAAUGAAACAAGUAAGUAACCUUUAAUUAGGGCAGAACUUCCUUUUAGAGAUAGCAUAAGGUAGCACUUAUCUAUAGGCUCCAGGCCCUAUAGGAUUAAAUCAACAUGCACUGUGCAUGUGAUUGUAAUCGAAUUGACAAGUACGGGACGUCGGGCAAGAAUGGUUUCGUAGGAUUAGGUAUAUCUUAGAGCUCUCGGGAUCUCCGUGCGCAGGAGUGAUGGUGAUCCAAGUACAAUUUAGGAGAGAUUGACCUCUUUUUGUCAACGGCUCUGGUCUUACACGAGCUCAUAUAUCUACAAAAAACUGUUUUCUUUUACAUUUUUUUUGGCCGUGGUUCCAGAGCACGAGAGCCGUCGACCAUCAUCGGCACGUUGUUCUCCAAUGAGAGUCUUUCAAUAAUCUGUCCGAAAACUUAUCCUAUUUGAACUUUGCAGAGUCAUCUUGUCAACUAGAAAGACAAAUGGCGAAAACGAUGGACGAUGCAUUUGUCCCUGAAUGCAAAGAAGAUGGCAGUUACGGCGAUAUGCAAUGCUUUGAACACGAAGGGUUUGCAAAACAAUGUUGGUGCGUCACCAGCGAUGGUCAGGAGAUCAGAGGAAGCCGCAUGUCAGAUGGACAAACACCAGACUGUGCAAAGAUUGUCGCAGCAGAAGAGAAGAAGGAUGAAAAGGAGAAAGAGAAUCAUCAUGACGAGCCAGUGACAACUAAGGAGGAAACACAAAUGAAUACAACGGAAAAGCUACCGGAUCAAGGCGGGAAAACUUACGAGGUUGAAAUACAGAUGUUUAAAAAUGACACAGGUAAAAGGUAGAUAAAUAUGCGUAGAUACAUCCUUAAGAUGAAACUUAACACCCGCUCUUCAUGAAAUUAAGAGAAAGUUUCCUAGAACCCGGUUGGCCAAUGUUCGUCUUUUCGAUGCCGGGCUUAUUAAAGCCCGGCAUCAUUAAUAUUUAUGAAACAUAGAUGAUUAUCCGGCAUUCUGCACGUUGUUUUCCUUUUUCUUACUUUUACUCUUAAAAUUCAUCCGCAGAAAAACCAAAAACGCAGUGUCAGAAAGAACGAGAAAUAUCUCUUUCGCCAUUCAUUACGGACAUCUUUGUACCUGUAUGUGACGAGGACGGAAAGUUUGUUCCACUUCAGUGUUUCGAACACGACGUGUACGGUAAACAGUGUUGGUGUGUAGACUUAUCAGGUCAAGAAAUUCAGGGAACAAGAACGGACAACGGCACCAACCUGGAAUGUGGUCAGUGUAUAGAAUAUUUUAUUUUCGUGUUUUGCUUAUUUGUCUAUAGUGUUUAAUUAGUUGUUUGCAAGGCUUUAGCAACAGUACAAUCUUCCCUUUAUUGGACCUACAUACAACUUUUUCUAAAACCUUGCGCGGAACUGAGCCAAUUUUUCUCUGCCUCAGGCUCAUGAAAAAUGUUUUAAAUGUCCCUUUAUUCCAUGGACGACAGAGCUCACACAGGAGGCUCACGAAAUUACUGAGCCUAAGGAAUGCAGAACGCUUAUCAUAUAUGAAUCUAAAAUAAUCAUGGUCACGAGUCAAGCAACCCUUAGAGUAAUUCUUCAGCCAGCACCAACGUAUUCCUUUCCCUUUCCUACAGGUACAGUUCAUGCAAACAUCACAACCGUACCAAGCUGUAACCUAGGUCCCUAUGGCUGCUGCCAUGAUAACGAAACAUUUGCCAAAGGACCGGAUAUGGAGGGCUGUCCACCACAGCAAGACCAACACCUUACACCGUUAGCCUCUCCUGUAUCACCACCGGUGCUAAGUCAAUGCCAAAAGGAUCAACAAAAUGCGAAAAACAGUGGAGCAGCAGAUAUAUUUGUCCCUGAAUGCGAGCCAUCGGGUCUUUUCAAAGAAGUACAGUGUUAUAGCUAUCCUGCAAGUGGGAAGACUGACUGCUGGUGUGUGAAUCAAAACACUGGCAGUGAGAUUACUGGAACGAGGGUCACUGGGUUAACGCCAAACUGCAGAGGUACCUACUGGCUAUGUUUAUCGUUCUUGCAUUGUUUUCUCGGUUUUUUGCUUUUUAAACGACUUGGGCUGAUUUAGCAUCUCUAUUGGAUAUAAUAUAAGUGUACAAAUAAAGAGCCAACAGCCAGGUUCGUUGAAAAAGAAAAUAAAGAAACAAAAUUCAAAACUGAAUAAUAUGGAACUGGCAAGCAAAUGCUAUUGUUACGCGAACCUAACAGUCAAAGGAAACGGCCACGUUUCGUUGGGAGCGAUCGUAGUUGUCUUCUCUAUCUCUAAUCUGCAAAGUAUUUCCAGAAAGUAAUCUAGUUUUUUUUAAAAGCCUGUAGAUAUGUCGUCUGGCACAUUGUCUUCCUAAGGUAUGCAUACUGAUAGCCUCUUUUAUGAUUUGUCACUCCCUACAGCGAAUGGUACAAGCACACCACCUCAGACAACCCAAACACCACCCUCUACGGCAUCGUCUACUCCCACUACGGCAGCCACUCAGCCUCCAGCUCCAGCUGUAUAUCAUGUAUACUGUCAAGUAACUUUGUAUGGAUGUUGUCCCGACAACCAAACAGCAGCAGCGGGACCCAACCAGCACGGAUGCCCGCCGCCACAACCACAACCACAACCACAACCGCAACCACAACCGCAACCGCAACCGCAACCGCAACCGCAACCGCAACCGCAACCGCAACCGCAACCGCAACCGCAACCGCAACCGCAACCGCAACCGCAACCACAACCACAGCCGCAGCCGCAGCCGCAACCAAAACCGCAACAAAAACCGAAACCUACGCCCCCACCUCCUACUUACCCUACAGGUAUAUCUAAUUAAGAAAUUGAAUAAAGCAAAGUAAGCACCUACGGAUUUUUAUGUUAAUUUUUCUUUAAAGUAACAAGACAUUUUGCUCAUCUCUAUGACGUUGUUCCCGGGUAAAACCACAGAUUAAGUUUUUUCAGCGUCAAGUGGCUUUCAUGGUAUAGUGACGCCAUUGUUCAGUGCAUCUCCUAUCUUUCCAAUGGACCAAUUAGAAGAUAAUAAUAUCUGAAGAUGAAGAAACUUUGAAUUUGUUUUCAGUUGAUACACCAGUUUGAUUCGUGUUGCACCUAUUAGGUUUUGCCAAAGACGUGUGUGGAUCUUUGCUGUUGGGUCAAGUUUGGUAUGAACAACUAACAGAUAAAAGUAACGCGAUGGCUUACCUACGCCAACUUAGCAAAGAGAUCUCACAAGGGGUAAGUGAUACGAUGGACUGAAUAAUCUUGGGUUGUUGACCGGGCGUGAGGUCAGCUGAUUAGUUUCCAGUACUUUGACAGCCAAAGUUGAUUAUCACAUGAUAUGUUUGUGUGCUCGUAAGGAUUACUGUAACGAAUACCUGGACAGGGCAGGUAAUUAAUACCUUGAAAACGCAAAAUAGAGUCACCUAGCUCGCUAUGGUAGUUGCAGCUGAUAACAAAAUACAAUUCAUUUUAUCUUCGUUUGCCCGCAGAGUUCUAUAAUAACGAAUAAAGGGGUAAGUUUCUAAAGAAACUGUGGCGCUGCGUCAGUGUGAGAGUAUAACAGGGUAAUUAAUCGCUAUCAACUGAGUUUAUGACGUAAAUUGGCCACCGUAAAGAGUUUAAAGGCUGAUUUUUCGAGCGUUCGCCCUUCGUCGGACCUCUGACGAUUCGAGGGGAUUACGCUCGAAACGCCAGCCUUAAAACUCUUUACGGUGACCAAUUAACGUUAUCAACUCAGUUGAUAACAUUAAAUUACCAUUCUAUAGUAACGGUCGAACAGAAUUGAUUGUGGAUGGAACUGACUUGCGAGGCAAAACAGGGGGAUGAACUGAAAAUAAAAAAAUAAAUGCAUAAUUGAGAGAUUAUUAAAUAGAAAUGGUGCAUUGCUUAUAUGCCGACUCAUUUUCAGAUUGUUGGAGUUUACAAAGGAGUUCACCCGGCCUUUAAAUCUGCACGACUUACUGCAGUAAGGUAUGAAAUAUUUUAACAGUACCUCAUAAUCAUGGCCAACUUAACAACAAGACUACCAACCCGUGAAAGUAAGUAAUAGAGAGAAGUAUGAGUUUAUUCUGAUGAUCACGCGGGAGUUUUAGAUGUUAAACGUUCAGGAAGGCAACAAUCGUAUUUCUCUGAAUUUAGCGUAUCUAACAGUUUAAAGUUUGCUUGUGUUUUCACUCGUUUUUUAGGAAAACGAAGAAUCCUUAUAUGAAAAACGGACCUUACAUCAUCAAUCUCUUCUUCGUAAUAUCUUUCAAAAAGGCUGUUGCAGAUCCACUUGCAACGCUAAGAGAUCAUCUUGUCUCCAAAAAAGUACUAAACAAGCAUCAGUGCAUUCCUCAGUCAUUGCAUUUGAUAGGUAAGCAGUUGAGACAAUUGCCAUCUUACCUUGCCAUUGCUACCCAAGGUGGUCUUCUUUGUCUGUUUAAGUUUUUUUCUGAGUUUAAAAUAGGUUUACAGUCAAUCACGGUUUUUUCCCCCUCUCUUUCAGGUCCUUUUGAUCCAAAGACUAAAUGUCCACCGAAGGGUUACCAACCUCUUCCAGGCCCCAAACCAGUACACCCUCCGGCAAAGCCACCAGUCCUACAACCUUCUCCUAAACCCCCAGUUGUCAAGCCACCUCCUCCAAAGCCUUCCCCUGCACCUCAGCCAGUGAAACCUCCCGUGGUACCUCAUCCAACCAAGCCAAAUCCUCAGGCUGGUCUGCCUGUGGCUGCCUUGCUAGCUCUUCAUUUACCUUUCGAUCGACAUUCGGGGAUAGAUGUUCUUGACACCUCCAGUAAGGCAAACAAUGGUAAAAUAAAUAACGUGGACAUAACAAAUCUGCCACAAGGUUGUGGCCUGGUGGGAUUAUUCUCCCACGGUAACGUGUCCUUCAACGGAAGAAAGUUCUUUCCAAAGCCCAGUGUUGCAGUUACGAUUGCAAUGUGGGUGAAGUUGACUUCAACGGCAGGGAGGCAGUCACUUUUUGACACUAUUGCAACUGGAGCCAAACAAGGAAACUACCACUUUGAAGUAGUUGACGGAAAAGUGCGGUGGUUUGCUCGUGAUAUAAAUGGAAAAGAUGUGUUUAAUGUAAAUACUGCACAAGUAGUGGUUCCUCCAAAUCAAUGGACUCAUCUCGUUGGCACCUAUGACAAACAGGAAGGUAAGUGUUAGUUUUGAUUAAACCUAGGGCAAUUUUUAAAAUCUUUAUUUUGUAUUUACUCAAGAACACUACUCGUAAGCGCAUAAACAUGGGACAAGUGACAUAGAUUGAGAAAAUAGAUCGAUGAAAAUGACAUGAAAAUGUACCUCUAGCUUUAUUUAUGCUUUAUUUUAAACCAAGUUUAAUCGCAAACAUGGAACCACAAGAUACUUAACGUUACAGUAACUCAAAAAGGGAUAAUUUUUAAUGAACUAGGUUGUUCGCUGUAGAUGUAUCUGAGAGUAAAUUUUGUGUAACGAACCUCUGUGAGUUUUCUAAAAUAUCACAAUACUUCUGAGACACUUGAUUUUUUUUCCUUUAUUAUUCACAGGAGUUGCACGGGUAUAUGUAAAUACACAGCCGGCAGCCAGCGCUAACGGUGCGGGUUAUCUGGCGCAGGACUGGGGCGAGAGAGCGGGAAUAGGAAGUCACAAAGGUGAUAGAUUCAUUGUUGGAGCUGUGGAUGAAGUGUACAUCUACACGUCUGCAUUGACACAGACUCAAAUAAGACACCUGGCUUGUGUAUGUGAAGACAGCAAAGGUAUUUCUAAGUUUCCGUAAUAUUUUUCUCUGACAGGGAGCUUUAUUCUCCUCAAUAAAAAAUAAAAAACUGAUCAAAUAUAAAUAUAUAUAUCUAUAUCUAUCUAUCUAUCUAUCUAUAUAUAUAUAUAUAUAUAUAUAUAUAUAUAUAUAUAGGAAGUCUAUUUUCUAACAGUGCUCAAUAUUGAAGCAGAGCAGAAUAAAUAUUAUGUAAAAGUGUUUCGUGAAAAACCCCUUUUCACGAAACAGGCUUUCGUAAAAAUAGUGCUUUCAAAACAGUGCUCAAUACAUAGGAAUAGAGCGAUGUAUAUAUUGUGGAAGGAAAAAGACAAUUUAACUACAAGUUCAUCCCUAUAAGCCUGUUUCGUGGUUGCCACCACGAAACAGCUCUGUAGGGAUAUAUAUAUACAUAACAAACAAGCUAAAUAAUAAACUAUGCCGGUUUCCCGCCACGAGUCUGCCUGUCCUUACUGGCCUGCGGUUUUCUGAAAUAAUAGUGAAACAAAGAUGGCGGUCGCCGAGAAAAUCUUUGGAGACAGUUUGAGGGUAAAAUCGAGGAAAAAUUAGACUUGUGUUACUGAAUGGCAAGAAUUCAACAUGAUUCCACGCUUCAUUAUGAAUGCUACCUAUUGAUGAAAGAAAACAAUGGCGAAAACAAUAGAUUACCUUUGAGACUACGGCUUUGUUUUGAGACAGUAGGGGGUACAUGGACAUUUUACGACUGAAUUAAGAUCUGUUACCUUUGGGUUUUUGUCUUAAGGUGUGCACAUUCCAAAGCCAGGAUCAUGGCCAGCCUGUAUGCGAGGGAAUAAUGGGACAAUAGCAACUAGCAAACCAAUUCUACCUCCUCUGCCACCGUGUGUACCUUGUGUUAUUCCUCCAAACUGUCCAAUCCCGCAGCCAUGUCCAGCACAGUGUCCGGCGCCCUGCCCUCCUAAACCACCUACCACUGCUUCGACAACAACAAAAACAACACCAACCACCCCUUCCUCACCAAAAAUAGUAACAUCUCCCCGUGGUACAUCAAAGCCUCCAACUACAAGGAAGCCAGGACCUGUGCUCCCUUUAACCACCACACCCAAACCAAAAGUGAUCAUAACAGCAAAACCAGUCACCACCCCAAAACCUCCUCCUGUUUUUACAAGUAAGUUGCUGGUGGAAGCUGAAUGCGCCAUUUUGCUAUAGAUAACUGAAAAUACAUUUUAUUUUUUGUUUACUGCAAGUUAUUUAGUUUAGAAGAAAAAUGAUGAAAUAUUUUUUUUUUGAAGAACUAUAGCUCUCAUCCUCCCCUCUAUAUAUUGAUGUUUCUUCCUGAAGUCCAACGUGGACAGGGGAAAUGUCUCAAAAGCUGUAACAUUGUUACCAUUGUGGUCAAAAUUUCUUUUCAAAGGACUGAAUUUAGGGUUGAUUAUGAUUCAAAUGGCCAGCAGAAAUGAACUUCCUGUAAUAUCCUUAGCUAAAAUUUAUUGGCAGGAGUUCUUAGAGGACUUAAGACAAAUGUAUCUCAUUAUGAAUUUGAAAAGGUCAUAUGUGAUAUAUUCUUACUCUACUGUUCUAUCUUAUGUUUUUUUCUUCUAGCUCCAAAGACUCCUGGUAGGUGCUUCUUCCUAUUAUUUCUUAUUUUUGCAAGGACAUUUUUUUGAUAAAUUUUGGUUGGGAUUGCAGUGAUAUCUUUCCAGGAUUUAUCACUAAAUAGUAAUUUCUGAGUGAAAUAAAUCACAAAUUGUUGAUACUUGAUUAUUUUACCUUACUGUUGUUCCAGAUCUUUUUCUUUUAAAUUGAAAACCAGUUCACAUGGUUCUUAUACUUUUUUAUUGGUAUGCAUAGGACUGAAAGAUGCAAACUAUUUUUUUUGUAUUUGUUUCCCUUUUUUUCAGUUAGAUAUUGGUUAGAAAUGUACACAAAUAUUGUCUCUGAUUAAUAACAAAACUUUCUUUGGAGCCUAUAAAUGGUUAAUUAAUGUGAACUGAUAAACUUGUAUUUUUUUAUGGUGGGCUAAACAAUCAUGUCCCAUUCUUUUCCAUUCUCUAUGGAUAUAAUCCAAAUCAUGUUCAUUCUCUUUGUAGUAAAUGGUAACUAUACUUCCUGGAGUAUAUGGAAAGAGUGUUCUGCCACUUGUGGUGGUGGUAUUCAGGAGAGAUCACGAACAUGUACAAACCCAAAACCUCAGAAUGGUGGACAGGACUGUGCUGCUUUAGGACCAGCCGCAGAGACUCGCAGCUGUAACUCACAACCUUGCCCAAGUAAGAACCUUGAAUUCACUUUUGGAUUUGAAACAACAUCAAAUGGUACAUUUAAAAACCUUAAUCCUGUAGCCAGAAAUGAAUGCAAUGAAGUUUUUUCCUUUAAUUUGUUUUUCUUGAAUGAACAUUUGAGGUGAAUUUUCUCCUAAAAUAAUGUACAAGCCUGUUUAAAAGGAAAUGGGCAGAUAAUCUCUGGUUUUUGCAAUCAUGAUACUACUUUUAAUAUUUAACAACAAAUGAAAAGGCCAGUUCAAUUUUCAUUGCCUCCUUGGCUCUUUGAAAGGUCUGUGAAAUACAAGAACAGUAUUUAAUCUGACUGGUAAUUUAACUUUCAUGAAAGUAAAUCCCAAUUUUUUUUUCUUUGCAGAAACAUUCAUUUGCUAAUUUUAUUUUUACCUCUUUUUAGUUGAUGGUGGCUUCAAUAACUGGGGGGUCUUCAGCCCUUGCAGUACAACUUGUGGGGGUGGAGUCCAGACUAGGACCAGGUUAUGUAACAACCCUACACCACAGUACAAUGGCCAAGACUGCAUAGGGCCAGCCAAUGAAACAAGGGCCUGCAAUACAUUUUACUGUCCAAGUAAGUUUGGCACUGAGAUAUAAGAUGAGUGUUAUAAUUAGGUGGUGAGUCAAAGUGGUUGUAUGGAUAUUGGCCAAGUCAUAUGUUACCUUCCAGGGUGGAUGAAGGCAUUACUAGUCACAGUAAAGUGCCUUGUCCAAAUUCAGAGCUUGAUAGGCUAGCUAAGAAGGUCUCCUACCAGGAUCUCCUGACCUGAAGUCACGGGGAGCUACCAGUCAGGCCAUGGCAGCUCCUGCAUCUUUGCAAACAAAGUAUAUUUUUCCUUAAGAAUAUAACUUGUGGGGAAAAAGCAAGAAAUCCUGAACUGUCAGGAUAGGCCAAAUUAACCUUUUUGAAUCCACAUGCAGCUUAUUGUGGCAAUACAUUUGUAUUCAUCUUGCCCAUUGGUGGAGGCAGCUCCACACUGUUUAGUUUUAGAGAAGGGGCAUUUCUCCACUAACUGUAUUUUGUUAUAAAGUAGCAUUUCAAAGUAAAAAUUUGACAAGGUAAUUACAUUUUGGAUGACAUGACUCAUCAUGCAAUUCCUAUUAUUUGAGAUAAAUUUGAAAUCAUAAAUCAGCUUCUCGUCUAGUUACAGAUAAAAAAAAUGAAUUUCUCCAUAAUUGAGAUUUGUUGAUGGCAUUUCAGUUGAUGGUAAUUACAGUGAAUGGUCAGAAUUCAUGCAGUGCAGUGUAACAUGCGGUAAAGGAGUGCAGACUCGUUCCAGAAGCUGUACUAAUCCACCUCCUUUACACGGAGGAAAGAACUGCUCUGCAUUUGGUCCUGCAGUGGAAUCUAAAGAGUGCAACUCUAAACCAUGUCCAAGUAGGAAAUCAUUUUUAUCUGUAUAUAUGGCCUCAUGUAGCUUUGAAGAUUGAGUUAUUCAGAAUCAUAAUUUAGGUAUUCAAGUGAUUUCCCUCGAUAGCAGGACUAAUUUAUUGUAUGUGGGAAAAAUUGCUUGAAAUUGAACAGGGCUGUGCUAAUCAGCUUAAAGCCCACAGUUGCAUUUUUGUAGGCAAAUAACCACUGUCUUUUAAUUAGUAAGUGUCUACAUUUAUCACUCAGCUUUUAAAAAAAAUGUUUUUAGAUCAGAUUUCUGAGGCACUCAGUCACUCAGUGAUUCUCCUUAGAGCACAGUUUUGCAAAACCUUAUCAAACUUUGAAACUUAAGCAAAAACAUUGUGUUUUUGAAGUUCCCCACAACACAAAAAUGUGUGAUCCCUCUAGCUUUGAUUGUCACUGAUUUGUUUAUUUGUAAUUAACAUGUAUUUUAGGUUGCAACAAGUACGUGAUACAUGAAUGACUCAACCGCAGUAUCCCUUACACCUUGUGUUAUGAUUAAUUUUUCUUCCUAAUGAUUUUAAAAUCUUCUUUUUCAGUUGAUGGGGGUUACUCUCCAUUUACAAAUUGGUCUGACUGUACAGAGACCUGUGGUGGAGGAGAACAGACACGGACUCGCACUUGCACUAAUCCUGAACCACAGCUGGGUGGUAAAGACUGCUCUAGUUUUGGACCAGACUUUGAAAAAAGAAAAUGUAACACACAGAAAUGCCCAGGUAACUUUGUCACUUGUGCGUUAAACUUGUACACCCUUGUAUAACUAUUUUUUGUGAUAAUUAAAAAAAUGAAUAUUUUAUGAUCUGGAGAACAUAACUUCUACUAUAUCAGAAAAAAGGUUUAUUAAGCAUAUUUUUCGGGCUCAACUUUGUAACACGAAAAACAUCAAUUAAAACUGAAGACUACAAAAUAAUUGUUUGUUUGUUUGUUUGUGGUUUUUUUACUGAACUUUCUAAAUGUUCUUUUUCUAUAGUCGAUGGUGGAUUUACCAUAUUCUCUAACUACUCAGCCUGCAGUAAGACUUGUGGUGGAGGAGUUCAGUCACGUACACGAUCUUGUGCUAAUCCGCUGCCACAGUUUGGUGGAAAGAAUUGUUCUGGAGGUUAUGAGGAAACCAGGCAAUGUAACACACAGUCAUGUCCAAGUAAGAAUAUGGACAUGUUGUUGGAUGGCAAAAGUAAUAUAACAUUCUGUUCCAGGUGAUGCCAUUUCAGCGUGAUCAUUAAUUUCCUUUCUCUGUUAUCUGUAGUUGAUGGAGGUUUUAGUGACUGGGGUAAUUAUUCUAUAUGCUCCUCUUCUUGUGGGGGAGGAAAUCAGAUGCGCAGUAGAACCUGUACAAAUCCAGUGCCGCAAAAUGGAGGCAAGCCUUGUAAUGGUCCAACAUCCGAGUCUAAAGAAUGCAACACCCAGCCCUGUCCGGGUACGUUCUGUUACAAUGCAUGUUUUGAUGACUGAAAAUUUAACUGAUGUUUCAAAUGUUGGUUAUUGGGUACAGACUAAUGUAACAAUGUCGUUGAAGUAUUAACGGACUCUUGAUCAAUUGAGGAACUGAUUGAGGUACACUAUACAAACUUAACGGGGUUCAGAUGAGCAACACAUCGGAUUAAAGAUUUUGAACUUUUUGGUACUUAAUUUCAAGAGUCUUUAUUUCGCGUUCUACGCGAUUGUGAAAAAAAUGAAAUAUAAUUAUGACCCGCGCACAAUAAUGACUUUAUCCGAGUCGCGAGAUUCGUAAAAAUUCCUCAGAAUAUCUUUCCUGUAAUCAUGAAAAGUUCAGACUUUUUGAAAAGUAAUUGAAGUCGAGAACACUUGAAUCACUAAAUUUUUAUGCCCUUUUGCGUGCCUGUCUCUUGAAUCGUGGAAAUAAAUCCCCGCGAAAUACUGUAUCGCCAAAAUCCUGAAAUUAAGUACCCGCUAACGUAAGCACCAAUAGGGUAGUAAAGUGGAUAUUAAAUACAUGAAAGAAUGAGUGAAUGUUAAUGUCUGACCUAAUGUGCCAUUUUUUGGUUUUCAGUUGACGGUGGGUACACCCCAUGGGGUCACUAUUCACCAUGUAGUGCCACCUGUGGUGGAGGUAUGCAGCAGAAAACAAGAUCAUGCACUGCUCCUGCCCCAGCAAAUGGUGGCAGAGACUGCAGCAUACUUGGACCAAGCUCAGAAUCGAGGAACUGCAGUACUACGCCAUGUCCGAGUAAGUUCUCAUUGAUAAUCAUUGAAAAUACCUGCAUGUUAUUUCUUUGAUUUAUAGCUUUGACUGCGCGCUUCCCGAUUUGAAUCGGUUCAGUAUUUUAAAAUGAUAUGUUAAACUGCGGCCAGUGUAACACAACUUUCAUAUUCGACUUGCAAAGGAAAUGCCCGGGUAAAUUUAAUCGAUAACACUUUGAUGCGAGUUCACCGGUGACGAGUCUUCCUGGUGGCGAGGUGACUGAAUACCUCAUAGAAGACAAUUGUGAUGAUUAUCUUCCUCCACUCUGACAUGAGAUUUGGAACUGAAAACGAGCAUUUUAUAACCAGAGUAACUAUCACGAUUUUGUUGCAGUAAAUGGUGGAUACACAGAGUGGACUGCAUGGACAACCUGCAGUGUUACCUGUGGAGGAGGAAUUGUAAAACGAACAAGAAACUGCACUAACCCAGCGCCACAGUAUGGUGGUAAGGACUGCUCAGUGGACGGACCAGAAAUUAUGACACAGCCCUGCAACCCGCAGAAAUGUCCUGGUAAGAAAAUUUCAUCACACAUGAAGCUGUAUAAUCUUACAUAGAGUGGGAGAUGUGUUACCUUUAUCUAAAUAGGAUUAGCUUAGGGAACAAGCAUCAUUUUUUGUGUUUCCCAUGUGAGUCGGGGCAAGCGUAAAGCGAGCGAGGACGAGAAAAAUGGCAACUACGUGUUAUAGAAAGAGCUGUGAAAGGUUAAAAUCGUUUUCUUUUGCUUGUGUGGGAGACGCAAAUAUUAACAUCUGUUCCCCAGCUAUCGUAGAAGUUCGCAAAUAGACCGCUCUUGACAACUCUUUGUAAGCAUCUGGAGUUUCUGAAAAUCGCAUUCUUCAAGUGACACGCAUGCUACAAUGGAGAGACUGAAUAUUUUGUACCCAAAAAUGCUGAACACUCUUGCUUUCUUUUCCUUUUCAGUGGAUGGUGCCUAUUCUCCCUGGAGUGACUGGACACCAUGUACGGUGACAUGUGGCGGUGGUGAGUCGCUGAGGUCGCGCCAGUGCAGCAAUCCUUCCCCUGAGUUUGGGGGCAGAGAUUGUUCUUCGUUGGGAUCAUCUACUGAAACAAUAAAAUGCAAGAUUGAUCCAUGUCCAGGUAGGUUAUAUAUUUUGUAUAUAUAUGUAUAUACAAAAAUGUCAUUGAAUAUUUACUGCCUUCAAGAAGUUUUGUGGACCAGUUAAAUUAAAUCUUAGGAAAAAGUGGGACUUCGUUUUUGUUCUUCACUAUACUGUACUUUUUUGCCAGUUAAUGGUGGCUACUCGCCGUGGGAACAGUGGACAGCGUGCAGCGUAACCUGCGGCAAUGGACAGCAAAGUAGGAUUCGGACGUGCAACAACCCUGAGCCAAGUUAUGGUGGAGCUGACUGUGCGGCUAUUGGUGAACCUACCGAGACUAAGCAAUGCUAUAUUCAAGUGUGUCCUCCUGGCCGUAAGUAGCUGUAUCUCUUUUUAUGCUGUAAAAGACAAGGCCCUUUCCAAUCUAUGGCCAACAGCCACAAUAAGUUCCUUUUAGCUGUCGAGAGGACGUGUUUAUGUUUUCUCCCAUAUCCACGAUGUGUUUUGGGUUUUUAAAACCAUGUGCAAGUUAAUGUAGCUCUUACUAUCACGGGUUCAAACAUGAGCCAUAUUGACUUUGUGUGAUUCAACUUUUUUUUCAAAUACGUGUCCGUUAUUCUGACAUCUUCCGUACUUUUUCUUCAGCUCCAGAGACCGGUUGGUCAGAAUGCUCCAAAACAUGUGGUGGUGGUGAAAAGUUCAAAAUGGUAAAUGUUGGAGGACAGAUGACGAAAAAAGUGAUGCCUUGCAACACUCUUCCUUGCCCAGGUAGGGCUCAGAAAUCAUUAGGUUAAUAUUCUUUUCAUUAGAGGAAUGCCUCCUAUAUUGGAUUUUAGAUUGAGGUGAACGGCUAUUGUGGCUUAUCUCUUUUUAUCCCAUUCUUGUACUUGAAUUUUUGCUACUCCUACGGGACUUAUGCCCCCUCCCCCUCCCCCUCCCCCUCCCAGGUUAGAAAGAUAAAUUCUUAGAUUAAUUCUCCUAUUCACAAAGACGGUGCAAUUUGAUAAACUUAUUACUGAGAGACUGAGAGUAGAGUGUGUUGUCCAAGAGCACAUCACAAUUAUAACACACCUUUACCUUGUCCUGUCUCAAACGAUGACCUCGCGAUCUUUAAGUCAGCACAUAACCAGUAAGCUUCAUAGUUAUCAUUGCCAUUUGCUUUUGUUUUUUCGUGUAACAUUGUCACUUUUUAUAUCCAUGAUAGUAAAUGGUGGUUUUACUUCAUGGACAAACUGGACUGAGUGCUCUGAAUCUUGCGGUGGAGGAGUAACAUCAAGGACACGUAGCUGCACAAACCCCAUGCCAAUGUACGGAGGCAAAUCCUGCUCUGAAAAACCUGUGGAAACUAAAGAAUGUAAUGCAGAACCCUGCCCUGAACCAAAGAGUGAGUAUAGACAAAUAUCAUGGCUUACGAAUACAUAUUAAUACGCCAGCAAAAAACAAAAAACAAGUGAAAAGAACAAGAUAUACAACAACAACCAAAAGCAAACAAGAAAAACGAAUCAGACCAAAACAAUAUUAUUUUAUAACUUAAUGGCCUGUAGUUAGAGGCUAAGGGUGAUGUACUUUUUACGGAAUUUCAGUAUUUUUUCGAUGACUUUUAGUGAGUUUUGAGACUUGCGCCCUUCUAUUGAAGCGCGUUGAGUGGGGUAAUUUUAACACCUUUACUUGUUACUUGUUGUAUUCUACAAAUGGCUGAUCAUGGUAUUUGUAACAAUUUCCUACCCCAGACAGAAGUAAGAAGUAGUGAUAAUGCUUCUAUGAGCUAACAAAGUCGUCUGCUUAAUUGCUUUCAGUCCCUAUACGUUCCUGUCGGGAGUUUUUUGAACGCUGCCACAGUAAAACUGAUGGUAUAUACACAAUCUACCUACAAAAACCAAACUCUGCUGAAACAGCCAAUGUGUUCUGUGAUAUGACACAUGACAAUGGUGGAUGGACUCUUUUGGUAACAAGUGCGACCAACAAGGGUUGGACCAAAGACAGUUUAAAAAGCAGGUAUGAUAGUGCUUUUGAACGUUCUCUUCUUUCUUUCUUCCCAGCUUACUUCUCGUUAUUAACCUCUUUUUACUUGUGCUAUGUUCCCGUUUAACGCGCGUAGAGCUAAAGACGACGGAUGUGCAUCUUCACAUCCAACCUUGUACUAAACUUCUUUCCCUGUUUUUCUAACCACCAUCUUGUGUGAUAUCUAAUUUACAGACAUUCUCUCAUAAACAAACGGCUCCAUAUACGACAGCUUUGAGAAAACCCUAUUCAUUUAAAACAUCCAUACCCCCUUAACAACUCUAGGUUUUAUGUACUCAAAACUCACUUUUGAAUAUUGUUAUUAAAAUCUAGGAAUAUCGCAGAGCCGUCUGUUACCAAAGAUUAUUCUGCGCUGGAUGAGGGUGAUACAAUCAAGUCAAUCGCUGUUAGUCCGUACUUCCUUUAUCGACUGGAGGCGCGAGAGAGAGGCAGCAAUGGCGGCAUUUUUGUGGCUCCUCAGAAUUACAGGUUGGCUUUUUGUACUCUCGCUUGAGCGCAAAGUCUCUGUUUUGCUUGUUCAAUUUCAAAAUUUGUGCGUAUGAAGACAAUUAUUCUUUUGGAGAACGUAAUAUGCCAAAAACUGACAUUUUUUUGCGAUUUCUUACAAGUAUAGAAGAGAGAGGAUUAUACAUGACAGCAAAAAUUGGAAAAAAAUAAAACAUUUGUUGUCAGUUUUAAUAAUGUUGAAACUAAAAACCUGAACUCUGAGUGAUGAUGAUUAUACAUACUUCAUGUUGUUUAGCUUCACGACUACGAAGUGUUCACUUAAUGGGGUACAGUUACUGAAGAAGUUUGGAACCUGGCCAGAGGACCAAACAGGAAUUGGCAAGCGUAUGCCGUACGUUACAGUUGGUGAUGAUAAGUCGCUUUUGACAACAUCUGAUUGCGAAAGUCCAACCAAGUAUGGAACAAUUGUGUCCAAAACUGCCGACAAUCAACCAGCUCAGUGGAUCAGUGGGGACUCAGAGAAUCCAGGGAUUAUUUGGUACUGGGUAAAGGAGUCUUCCACUAUGCUGAAAGGUAUUUAGUAGCUGUGUGUAAGAAGAAAAGAAAAGCACCUUAGUGAUAAUGGUGAUGAUACGGUUUGAAUUUGAGCUCUGGUAUUGACCAUUUGAUUUUUUCUUCUUUGCACAGCGCCUGAAGGGGGUAAACCAGAUCCUAUGUGUCCCUUUCCAGGUUAGUUAAUUGAUUCAUAUUCAUUUAAUUAAAAAGGUGAAAGUAACUGUAAAAGUCAUCGGCUCUACCAGUAUCCUCUCUUUACUGUCUUUUCCGAGGUCAGAAGACGGUAGUAACUUGGUUUAUUUUAAGCUGCACCAGCAGAUCGUGAUUGAUUUAAGUUUUGUAUCUGAUUGGUCAAGAGAGGGGCACAAAUUUACUAUAGUCCGGUCAGAGAGCGGAGGAGAAAUGCAAUGCGAUCCUGGUAACGUUCGACACUAACUGUAAAGUGCCCUGCUAACCUGAGCCUAAAUAACACACUAACGUGCUUAAUCGCAUAUAUUUACAGUUCCUGGUGGAUAUGAUGAAUGGACUCAGUGGUCCUCCUGUCCUGUCACCUGUGGGGGUGGUACUCAAGUCAGGACUAGAAAUUGCACCAAUCCUGUACCACUGAAUGGGGGAACCGAUUGUUCCUCCUUAGGAGGCAACAUGGAAACCCGCAACUGUAACCCUGAUGCCUGCCCAGGGGUCAAAGGUAAACUACCAGCACGGCAGUUUUCAAAUUGUUUAAACCAUUUCAGAAAGGAUAGAAAGGAAAUUAUGAGAUAAAGUACGGUUAUUGACUUAAAAAUUCCAAAAUUAUUGACUCAUUCAAAAGUUUUUUCGCCGGAUUUUGGGGAGAAUUAGUUAGAGACAAAAUUUUUCUUAUAAGGGUGAAUGUAUAAGGAAGACUCUUGUCUAGGAUAUCAUAGAGAGCUUGGGGGAAAUUCUACCUUGAUAAGUUUUCCUUGACAUUUCGAAAAUUUUUACUCGCUGACGUUCAAGUUUUCUUUUUCACUUGUGCUCUUCCUUCAGAGUACUUACCGAAUGUAGCUUUAGCUUGUACGCCUUCAAAUUUUGUAUCUUAUGUCAGGAGCAGUCCGUGGAAACUCAGCUUUUCAUCGCGAUUUUGAGUUUUUCAACUUGACACAUGUCCUUCAACACUCGUACGUGUACAUUAACAAGAACUUUUUGAUUAGUGCGUGAGUUACUCACGUAAUUUAACAACACUCGUACGGAAAUCACAUUAAUAAACAUAUGGUACGUGGCCCGACCAAUGGAUUUUCUGCGGCUUUGACAGGUUGAGGUUUGAAACUACAGUGUAAUUGGACACUGAGUUUCUUUUUUACCCCAUGCUCGCGAUUAAUAUUUCAUAACUUUCAUUGCUAUUAUGCUCUUUGUCACAGUGGAUGGUGGCUACACUCCUUGGAGCCAGUGGACAGAAUGUACAGCGACUUGUGGCGGAGGAACACGCAUGCGCACUCGGUCCUGCACGAACCCUCCACCUCAGAACGGAGGAAAGACAUGUCUGGAUCAGGGUAUAGGACCAGAAUUAGAAACACAAGUGUGCAAUGUACAGCCAUGCCCUAGUGAGUAGCUAAGGAAACAGGUGACUCAGAAUUAAGAGUUUGAGAAGGAUAACAAUCAUAUCACUUUGGUUAUCUUUCCUGGCGCAACAUGUUGAGGAUGAUUCGGCUGAAAAUAGGCAGUAAUAAAAGAUAUCAAACAUAAACCGAAGGAGGAGUUGAGGGAAAGCACCACAUUGCAGCUGAUGAUACUGCAUCACCAAAAAAUAUUGGUUUGGUUAAAUAUGAAAAAAGAAAAGAUAGAAAAAAAAAAGUAAUGGUGUAAGGGUUGAGAAGUCAACUCGGUUGAAUAGUGAGUAGCUUCGUUGACCUUCGUGAUCCUUUCUUAUUCUUUAUGUAAUUUUGUUUUGAAUAGGUGUUUGUAACCCACCUUGUCAAAAUGGCGGAACAUGCGUCAAUGCCAAAUGUCAGUGUGGUCAGGGACUUUAUGGAGGAAACUACUGUCAGACACGUAAGUCAUAAGGUUACCAUAGCUUUUACAGCUGGCUGUUCUCAAUUAUUUUGGCAAAAGUUGAAACGCGCGAAGAUAGUGUUUUAAAGAUAAAAAUAGAAAAGAUGCUGUACUCGAGAAGAGGUCGGGUGUCCCAGGCAACUAUUUUUUGUCUUUGGGCGAGUUGUAUAACUUUGCUUUUACGAAAGCUUUCAAGAGCUCAACACUCCAGAUUUCUGAAACCAAACACUUCAGGUUUCUUGUCAUUCUUUUUGAGAGAACAGGUUUUGUUUUUGACUAAGGCGGGUAAAAAUUCUUUGUUUUUCUGUAUGCGCAAUACAUCGGUCAAAUAUAUAUUUUUUUUUUACGCAGCUAUUUGUAAAAUCCCUUGUCAAAAUGGAGGGACGUGCAGUAAACCGAAUCAGUGUACUUGCCCGACUGGAUAUGGAAGUAAAACUUGCAACAAGCGUAAGUAAACUUUAAAUCCUGUAAUACUUUUGUUCCCUCGCUGUGAUAAGGUUUAACUCAUAGUUUAUAAUCUGUAAGGCAUGUUGUACACUAAUUUAUACGCAAGUUUUAUCGAUGGAUCUUUCGGAAGUUUUUAAUGAAAGUGAAACAUCUACGGCCAUAAAUUACACUUGAGAAGUACGUGUUUUUAUAACUUAUGGUUCCUUAAAACGGAAAAACUUGUCUCGGGUUCUGAUGAUUGAGCUGAUGGUAAGCCGUGCUUUAGUUAACUACAGAAUGUAGUAAGGUGAAAUCGGAAAGGAUGAACGUAGUGAAUUGUGUUAGAAUUAACUGGCUCGUAUUCUAUCUUUUUAGCUGUUUGUCAGCGAGUUUGUCAGAACGGUGGAAAAUGCGUCGCUCCAAACACUUGUCAGUGUCAACCAGGCUACUCCGGCCAGUGGUGUCAUAUCUGUACGUACUGAUAACGAUUAAGAAUUGUUCUAAUCUGAGACAGAUAAGAAUAAUUUAUCUAUUUCUGUGUUUUGUUUCUUUCUUUUGUUUCUUUUUGUUUAUUUUUUUUUUACGUCUAAUGCCCUAUAUGUUUUUGCAGUCAUUUGUUGAAAUAAAAAACUUGAGUUUUUUGAGCUUCCGAGUGCAGUAAACCCCAAGGGCCGUUUUUUUAACGAAGUUUAGCCGUUGUUUAAUUAACAGCAUCGCAUUCUAAGCCAUCUUCAAUUUAGCCAAACCCUUCAUCUGAAAAUUUGUUUUUGUGGACAGUGCCAAGAGGGCUAACGGUGGAAGGACAUAUAUUAAAUUAAAUCAACCCUCUUAUAAAGAAAUCCUGAAGCCCGCUGCUUGCGUAAAACCAUGGUUUGGGUUAGACCUAAAUUUCUUUUGUUUUCGUGUAAGUUUGGUUGAUUGUAAAUAUACAAAACACCUCCCACAGUUUCUACAUGUUAACUUUUUCUCGUUGUUCUGAGGUUUUUGUUUGUUUGUUUGUUUGUUUUUUUAUUAUUUAUGUAAAUGUUAGAAAUUUGUUUCUCCGCCACGUAAUUUGGGCUUUUGUUUCUGCUGUAAACUCUUUUCUUUGUUUUGUUUUUGAUUCUGUGUUUUCUUCCAAUAUAAUACCCAUUGCGUUCAUUUUAUUAUUCUUUCCUUUUUUUUUCCAAUUUCAGCAACUUGCCAGCCAGAUUGUCUGAAUGGAGGAAUUUGUGUGAACAACAAAUGCAAGUGCUCACCUGGAUAUUCAGGUCCUAACUGUAACAUAGGUAAGAAUAACAUUUCGCAUUGAAAUCACAGUCAAUGUAAGUCUAUUUUCUUAAAGGAAGUCGUACUUGUCAUCUUAUCUGACCCAAAUAAGAAUGAUCAUGGGAUCGUGCUACUACACUGGAACGAUUAGUAAAUGACCCUUUCAGCGCGCAUUUUUUUUUUUAACCAAUAAUGUACAUGAAAAGAUUACCCGCUUUUGAUUGGCUGAACACGAGUGCAUUCUCAUGCAACACGAGUGCAAAGUUGUAACACGAGUACAAAGUUGUAACACGAGCACAAAGUUGUAACACGAGUACAAAAUUGCAACACGUGUACAAAUUACAAAUAUAGCGUGCGCAAACGCGCGCACGCUUUCAAAAUUUCGUCUCCCUUGAUGACUUUCUGUGGUUUUUCUUUUUUUCAUGUAAAUUAUCAACUCGUAACAACAUGAUUUCUCGUGCAUUUUGGUGUGAUAAACACUUGUAACCACUUGUCGUCUUUGAAAAUUUACCAGUGCAUAUGACACCAAAUUUACGCGAAAUCAUAUUGUUACCUUUACUAACUGUGAGCUAUGCGAGUUAGGAAAUUGCGAGCAGUACAACCGUUAAGGGCUUACCAUUAAUCAGAUUUAGUUUUCUUGAUUUGUGUCCCGACAUACUGAAUGCAAGAUAUUGUCAGAUAACCAAACAUAGGAAAGCCAAUCAUAUUCAAUAGUUUCUGUUGAUAUCUCCUCUGUAUGUUUGUUUGUUUGUUUGUUUUUUAUAGUCUCUCCAUGUGCCAUCGGUAAACUGGAAGGACCUUGUCAAGUUGACAUCCAACAAGAAGUGGGUAAAGCGUCUGUUGAUGAACAAAGCUCUCCUUGUGUCAGCUUCUUGAAGGAAGUUCUGGCUCACUGUAGCUACAGAAAUAUGUCGCAUUUGUAUUCGAAAAAGAACUGCGAGCAAAUAUGCGGUAGGUUUCUAUGUAUAUUUCUUACGGAUAAUACCUGUUGUACUAUGGUAAUGCCGGUGUAAGAUAAUUACCUUCUGUAUACGUGGGCUGCAAAAAAUAAGUGGGAAAAAGAAUGAAAAUGCUAGUCGAGAUAUCGAACCCUAGAAGAUAAAUCGAACCUCAAUCAUUCUGAUUAUGGCUCUGAUUAGGACCUGUGGAAAAAGAACAAGAAAAAGUUAGAAAAAAAUAAAAACCAAAAAGCCAAAAGCGAACGGAAACAACAACCUAAAAAACAAAACCACUAACAUUAAGCCCUAAGAGGUUCAAGUGAGAUAGCUUUAUAUUCCUAUGAAUAGAUUCAUAUGUGCCACAAAAUACAUGAAAUUAUUGCCAGCCUGUACGUCUGAGAACAAAGGUGGUUCUUUCUGCCCUUCUGAGUCGUUUUCAAAAACAAAACAAGCCAUAAAAAAACAUAACACGAACAGCUGACUUUCGAUAACUUAAACCUCCCGCUACCCUCAAUUACAAAUCAAAGUCUUCCGCAUAAAAGUUCGUGUUGUCGUAGUUCUAUUCCAUGAUUAUGGCCACUGGUCACAUAAGUGAAAUAUCAACGUGCACGUGAUCCUUGGUAGUCUUACAGAGUGAUAAAAUUCGUUUCUCUUUCUUGUCAGAUCCCUCAGAAACAGACAUAUGUCAGAGAGUUUGGAACUCUGACAAAUGCGUUAAUGCAGAGCUGCGAUACUAUUUCGAUUCGGCCACCGACAAGUGUAAACCAUUCAAGUUUGGACUGUGUCUUGGAAAUGAGAACAUGUACCCCACAGAGGCAGCUUGUAAAGCUAAGUGUUCAGGUUUGUUCUCCUCCUUUUCCAUGAAUUGAUGGCCACAUUGAUUUUGAUAAACCAUUUUCUUAAUAACCAUUUUCAUUGUUGCGUUUUUGCUUUUAGGACCAAAACCAACGAUUGUUACUCCGACGGGGCCGGGUCCUAAAGGUGUGAACCAUGUUCGCUAUUUGGUUAUUUGCAUUAAUUAAUUUAUUUUUAAAGACUUUGUAGUGAAAUAAUUAGUUAUUACUGGGCAAAUUUGAGCAGAACCUCGCCAUAUGCGGACCAUUAAUCACGAUGUUUUGCCAUAAACAUGUUCAGUAUUUGCUUUAUCAAACGUUUACCGAGUCUGUUUUCAUAAUUACAGUACUUUCCAUAAAACACUCCUAGCAUCAGAGGCUUGAUUUUUUCGGCAGUUCUUUAUAGGUGAUAUUGUGGUCUCUUGACCAGUGGAAAGAGAGUGGUUUAAUUGGACAUUACUUACUUGCAAUGGAAAGCCAGCUGGUGUUUUGGAAGCUUGCUAAUGCCAACUGCUCUCUCACAUCUCUUGUUAAAAAUGUUUCACGCUUAGAGGAGUGGGUACUUCUUGGAGGUUAUCUCCACAGUCUAUCACCUACUUAGCAUGCACUUGUCCAAAUCCUAUUAUAAACAAACCUUUACAAAAAAUGGCGUGUGUCCCUGGAUUUUAAGCCCAUUUUUGCCUUUAAUCUCGUCAAGGCGAUUCAUUCAUUAAAAUUCAGGGCGAAUCUGCGAUCACCUGCCAGACAAACUUGCCCAACAAACUUUUAUGUUUUGUUCCUUAGAGCCCCCUAUACCUGCAAGUUAUUACUGGUAUUUCCUGGCCUUGGAAAAGAAUAAGAUUUUUGGUGUCCCUCCAUUGUAUAUCAGUGGACAAGUCAGUCUUCUCAACAUGGGUUUCAGAAUCUUUAACAGAACGUGGCUAGCUACAACGAUUUCCUCGCAAGACUGUCUUCUAAAUCCAGACAGCUGCGAGAAGGGUUUCACUAUUGGUAUAAAGCUAAGGUUAGACUUAUCCGUAAAGUCUUGUAAGCAGCAGCCCAGGUACAUCAUCGAUACUGGUCCAAGUGUGAAAGCGCGUGGUGUAUCACUUUACGCUGUGGGAGACACGCUAGUUGCGCGAGUGGUCUCGUCAACGAAAACUUGGGAGGUAUGUAAAGAGACGUAAAGUGCUUUUGUUGAAGGUGAUAUUGAGAACCAACAGUGAACUGCACAGACUUCAGGGUUUGCUUACGGGCAAAAGGAAAAAUAAUGAGCUUAUGACUUUGAAGUCUCUGCAUCUUUUUGUUAGCAAGAGCACGUCACUAUGUCAAAUUACAACCUCCUAUAGUCAUAAACACAACGAAAUGAACUAAAUUUAUUCCUUUCUGGCUCAUGUUCUUUAAUUUCUUUAUGCAUUCUAUCAAGGUCAAAACGCCAGCAGCUUUUGAUUUCUGGUGCUACAUCAUCAUAACAUGGCAUCCCGAAAAGGGACUGCAGUUUUAUGGGAACAGUAAUCUGAAGACCAGCCUUCAUGCUGGUGAGGCUAACUCAGCCCCACCGCCUGUGUACAAUGGUAAACUCAACUUCGUCGUUGGACGUGGACUGAAUCAGAAGCCUGAACAGAUGUGUGGCGUAUUGUACAUGUCGUCCACAGCUGUGUUUAAGCAAUACGUCAAUCAGGAAUGGGUGAAAAAGAUUUUCGCGUUCUUCUGGAAAAACAGUAAGUUAAAUUGAUUUUUCAUGGAACCGCUUUGGAAGAUUGGAAAUUCGGACCAGGGGUAAAGCACCAAGGAUUUAUGUUUUUAAGGUUAAAAACUAUCGGAUUGCGAAAAAUUUUAACCAGUAGUUGGAAACCUUAAUUAAAGAAAAGCUUAGAAAAAAAGUUUAUAAGCCACGUUCUCGCCUUCCUCACCUUCCGUCCCCCUGCCAAAGAAAAUUCAUAGAAUUAAGAAGUUAAGAGUCAUAACUAGUAAGACUGGGCCCAUUUAUUAUGAAAUGGCUCUCAAUCGUGUCUUAGUUUUAUGAGAGGAAUUCUGGUACAGAGAAAGACCUCUUCAACACGUGACAUUUAUGGCAGCGUUCUGCAUUCCAUUAUGUUUCGACUUGCCAUAAUUUUAAUACCUUUGAAAUAAACAAGUUAAUAUUGUCCUUUGCUUUCGAUUUCAGUUGUGUCCAAGCAACCGCUCGUUGACUAUUACAUUAAGAUGAAGAUCUCGAAUCUUUCUGGGAAGAAAGUUCUUCUCAUUCCUGGUGAUAACGACCCUGCAAGUGGCAUGCCAAUCAACGCCAAUGUUAUUGCCAUGAUAUCCAAAGACGUUCCUGUGGUAGAACCGAACGUGCCAGCCGUGCAAUUUGCUGUCGUAGAUGCCGCCAGUAGACGGCAGUUCUUGUUGAUAAAUGGUAGCCAACUUAUAACCCUGAGGCCUGUUAAAAACAAGAAUGUGGUGCCGAUAAAUUUGGUUAUUGGAAAUCCAAGUGAGUCAACAAAUUGUCGAGGGACACUCCCAUUCAAUUUCUGAAGUGCUCCUGCGAUGUGAAAGAGAACAAAAAAAAUGUUCUCUCCCGAUUCCUAUAUGUAUUAGUAAAUGCUCCUUGCCAGUUAUUGCGCCUCCUUUUCACCUUUUGUGUUCAAAGUCAAUAUUUUCGACGACAGUUUGUCAACUAAACUUCCCAUAUUAAUAUAUAUUAAUAGCUUAUAAGUUCAAGACUAAUUUAAUUGAGAUAGGGGAUCGAGAGAAACUGAGGUCAAGGUAUUACUUAAGGGCAAACCCCUAUAAUUUGAUAUACAAAGUGCAUGUGAUUUGUAAAGACACGAAAAUUUGUCGUCACCUGCUCUCUUGAAAAGAUUACAAGACCCCUCCACAACUCCACCCCACGUGUCCAUCUUGAAGGUUGGCUACUCUCAAGUUCUCUCAAGGUUAAAAGGCAACAUCGAAGUUCAUUGAAAAUAACCAGUUUUUUUUCUAUGUCUUGAUCUAUUUCCCUUCGUUUUAUUGCAGUUGCCAACAAGUGGUAUUACAUAAUACUUCGAAUCACAAACAGAAACGAUUUUGACAUCGUACUCAUACCAUCAGACAACGAUCCCCCUGGCGGUUUUGUUGUCCUGAAAAAGAAAAUCGUUGUGAUCAAGAAGAAAAUCAAAUCGCCUCUGCCUAUAACCUUUGAAGCGUCCCUAAAGACAGAUUUGAAAAAGAAGUUGUUCAUCAACUACAAAUCAAGUCUAGUACUUAAACCCCUACCUACCGAGGGAGCUCCUAUCACUAUUACGGUGACAACCAAUGGUAAGUGAUAGACAGAUGCGCAGUUUCUUCAAUUUUUUGCCAGUACUUGAGGCGGAAGUGCCGAGAUGGACAGGUGUGCAGUCAUACGAUAAAAAAACAAACUUGAUGAAAUGACGGAGUGACCGACGAAAUGAAAACAGACAGGCAGGACCAAAACGACCAGAUUAAUAGAAGAGAAUCAGUUUAGAAGAACGAUCUAACACAUUUUUUUUUGGGCUUCAUCAGCUUCUCCAGUUGUAGUUUACUUCAUCCGCGUUCGUUUUGCAAACUACGGAACGCAGAGUGUUAACAUCACAACAAGCGACAAGGAACCGGCUAAAGGAUUUACCAUUAAGGCGAAAACUAUCGUCCAGAUAACCAAGAAUGUCACACACAAGUCUCCCAUCACAUUCUGGGCUAAGGCUAUGGAUCAUUCUUGUGUUCUCAACAAUCAGCCCAGCUUGAUCAUUAUUCCUCAAGAAAAACUCGGCCCUUGGCAAGUUGUGAACAUAACAGACAAAUGUAAGUGUUAGUGGUUUGGUCCGCCGGCCAAAUCUUGGAUCAGUUAAUGGCUCAAUUGAUCGUUAGAUAAAUUAGUCAUUUAUUUAAGCACAUUAUCAAUCAGUUGAUCAGUCAAUCAAUUAUUCUACAACUCAAUAAAUUGUGUAACUAGUCAAACAGCCAUUCAGUCAGUCAAGAAACCAAUCAGCCGAACCGAUCAGAAAAUCGAUCACUCACUCAAUUAAACAAGUUUAUGAAAUGUAAGAAAAGGUAAGUCCCUUUAAAGUUGUGAUGUUAAUGUUUUUGUGUUAUUUUUUUUUUUUUUAUAUGUCAGAUGUUCCUCCAAUAUUCCCGCCGCCUCAGCAGUUUUCAAUACUACUUCAAGUAACAAACAAUGCUGGAAGCCAAGUGACACUUGUAUCAAACGACGCCAAACCUUUGAACGGUGACGAUCUUCAGCCAAACAGUAUGUUAACAGUCAGCAAACUGACCACGCACAUGAAACCUAUAAAAUUCUAUGCUGUGGACUCUACAACGGAGAAACGAUUGUUGAUAAACGGAAUGGAAAGUGUUAGUGUGUCUCCGAGCACCAAACAGAUUGUGAUGCCUCUGGUUAUAUCAGGUGAUUAUUCUGAAUUGUAAACCGAUGCAGCGUCAGAGUGUGUUUUGUAUAGGUAAUAACAUGUUUUCGAGUGUAGUUUGGUGUUAAUAAUCACGAGUGAAUUUCUCAAAGAUAACUAAAUUGCACGAGCCCGCAGGGUACACCAAAUUGCAAAAGAAAUCGUGUUUUUACCUGUUAAUAAUGUACAUCACAGAAAAACAUCACAGAAAGUCAAAGCAAACGAAAUUUUGAAAGCGUGCGCGCGCUAUUUGUGAUUUGCACUCGUGUUACAACCUUGCACUCAUGUUACAUGAGAAUGCAUUCGUUUUCAGCCAAUCAGAAGCGCUUAAUUUUUUCUAGUACAUUAUUAGGUGGUCGUAAAACCCAAACCAAAAUGCUCUAAACAGUCAGUGACUGUUCACAGUGCUAACAUGCAUACUGCGUAUAGCGAAGGAAACGCGAGUAGCAAGGUCACCAUUAGUUUUACUAAGGCUUCUUUUUGGUUGGCAGGAUUGUGGGAGUUUUUCGACCAUUCACUGAGCAAAGUACAGUAAAACAAUUGUUAUUCCGGAUCAACUUAGUCGCCCAAGUCAAAUUUACUUUUCGAAAAUUUACUGACAAGCGAAGAAAUCAGGUUUAUUUAUGCGUGGCUGAGCUUUGAACAACUUAGAAAUGCGGCAAUGUUAUCUUCUGCAUUAAUGGUUACUCAAACUAACAAUCCCCGAAGUGCAAGAAAAUCCUAAUUGGAUUAAUUCAAUUGAGAAUCCCUUUACAUCACUGGAAACUAAUUUACAUUUUUUGUUUUCAACAGAUGGUAUGGGUGAAAAACCAGGUAAAUUUUUUUUGCUUUUUUUCCAAAUUUUUCACGUUAUCGUAAUUGUUUUUUUUCUUUUUUUUUCCUGCCUUUUUGUUACCCUGCAAGGUCAAGAAAAAGUCGACGAAAAUGAAUCAGGGAAACCUGAAAUUAUUUGGACGUUUUUUUUCCUGUUACCAUUCUCCGGUCGAAUUCAUUAUCCAAAAUGCCGUAUAGGAUAUUAAAUCGGUUCAAGGCACUAUUGUCAAGGGAGGCUAAUGGCCGCUACGUUAUGUUACAUUUUAUGUUAAUAUUCCCCUUUUGUUUUAGUAAUGCCUGCUCUGUCCCCCAGUCAGUACUGGUCAUUCUUUGUCAUAUCAAACGGACUUAUUCCUGGAAAGGCAGCUCUCCAGGUACACGGCAAUUCUCGGAGUGUUGAGGGGGGUCUCCUCUUGGAUGGCGCUUCAGGGUAUCUCAGCUCUCAUUUGAGUGGCCAGGAUCCGUUGGUAAAUCCUGGUGAUUUCUUGGACGGUUUUUCUUUUGGUUUGAAGCUGAAAUUCCCUGCGGCGGUACUGAACUAUAACAACCCCAGGUAUAUACUGGACACUGGGGAGAAGAGCGUCAAUUCGCCGGGAGUUUCGCUGUAUUUGUUGAAUAAAAAAUUGGUUAUGGAAAUUGCAACUUAUGACACUCGAUGGAAGGUAGGUGUUAAUGUCGUUGUUGCUGUUUUUUUAUCUUUGUAAAGGAUUGAAUGUGGGUAUUUUUUGAGUUCUUUGUAACAGUCCCCGACUCACUGUAUUUUUAGAUACUUCGUGUUGAGAUGAUUAUGUGGGUUUUCGCAGAAUUUGAUUUAUGAUAUCACUGCGAAACCUAGCUUUCAAUUUUGCAAUGCUUAACUCUUACGUUUACCAAAGACAUUUUAUGCGAGAUUCUAUUAACGAUGCCAAUCACAGUAAUCAUAAAUAGACAGAUAAAAAGAAAGACCGCACGUUCUGCGGUGUAAUAAUAACUGCUCUGUGACUCUCCCCAGGCUGAAACGGACGCGAUUACAGACCAGUGGUUCUAUCUUAUCGCAACAUGGCGGAUGAAAUCUGGCCUUAGAAUGUACAUAAACGGCAAGAAAGAGGCGCGGGACAAGGGAGGGGUUGGUGUUCAGAACAUGAAGGACUGGAAGCAGCAUGAUAACUUCUGUGUUGGACGUAACGUUGGAGGGAAUGGAUUGUCCUUUACAAAUUUCUAUAUCGCAUCCUUUGUGGUCUUCAAGAACCACUUGAAGGCUCAAACGGCGUAUUCUGUGUAUAAGUACUACAAUAACGAUGGUAAGAUCAAUGUUCCUUUGUUUGCGCAGCUACAAUUACGGCUGUUUAAAAAAUGUAAUUGUCCCAUCUUGACACAGUAAAUCCUUCCUCCAUGUGACGCGCUCUAAUCACAGGUCACAAAGUACAAUUUUUUUCAGCGGAAGUAGGGAAGAGAAUAGGCAAAUCUAGGAUGAAAUUGAUACAAGUCAAGAAUUUUGUUAUCUCAGUACUAAUUUGUCAACUAUUUUGUCGCCAAUCGUCUACAUGUUAGAGGAAAGAAAAGUCUGUCGCAUGGCAAUAUAUUUUGAAAGCGCUACUGUUCUUUUUUUGAAACAUGUUCAAUGGUCUGAAGAUACUUGCCACUUAGGUCACUUUUUGUUAAGUUUUUCAUCGGUGUUUAAGUAUAAAUAGGCAAUUGCACUAAAUGAUUUGACUUCUCUCUGCAGUCGCCGUCCAACCUGCCAAGUUGUACUACGUAACUCUUCUUGUAAAUAACACUGAAGCAGAAGAUGUUCUACUCGCUGCAAGCGAUAGUCAACCGGCCAGCGGCUUCGCUCUGAAGGGUCAAACGUGCAACAUGUUUGUAAAAAAGCUUAAGAGUCCAUCCCCAGUGAAAUUCCGUGUGUGGGGCAUGUCCACUGACAAGCCUUUCCUGUUGAAUGGAGAGAGAGAAAUCACCAUAGUGCCCAGUGAUUUCGAACAGGACGCCACUGACGUCUCGAUCAGGCUGGUGAAACCUGGUGGUGAGUCAUCAGUGUUGUACCACAUAACAUCGCAGAUUUCUACGAAAUAGGAUUUAAAUUGUUGAUACUUUCACCAUAAACGACUUUUAAAGCCUUUGAUUCGGUGUUUAUCGGCUGAUAUGGACCGUGCGUAUUGUCAUUUUAAUUACCUCGAUGCACUUUUAACUUAUUAUAUACAUCGAGGGUAAAAUGAACCCAGAGUAUCAACAAACUUUUGCUUGAUUCCGCAGAUGACUUGUCUCCGCCCCCAAGAUUCCACAUGUCGUUCCUUGUGGAAAACCAGGCAGGCGUGACCAUGAGAAUACUUACAAGUGACAAUGACCCCCCUGAUGGCUUUAAACUAGAACCGGAACACACAAGUAUCAUCACCAAAGAAGUCAGCAACCCGAGUGACAUGUCCUUGCAUGCUGUGAUACCCGGCGAGGAGAAGACACUUCUUGUAAAUGGCCAACCGAGAAUAAUAGUCUCACCCUCCAAAGCAACUGGAGAUCCCAUAUUGUUAAGAAUAACUGGCAGAAAAGGUGCUUGAUUUGUUUAUCUGUUCGUUUGUGUUUCUGUUCUUGUACUUUAAGAGUAAGUUACCUUCCUGCAGGAUCGAUGUGAUACGUUUCCAACUAAAGCUUUUUUUUAUGCUUUGGAAAAUUAAUUGGAAAAUAAAGGUGAAAAAAAACAUCAACAAUAACAAAUUACACGUUUCUGUAAUAUCAAACUGAAAAGUCUUUUUGUAUGAAAAUUACUUUCACACGAGCAAGUAUGCUCUUCAUUUAGGAAUGCUCGUCUUUACCUUGUUUCAAGUCAAGACGAUUGCGUUGUAGUGCUAAUGCGACAGUCACAAUAACAAUUAUAUUGAUAAUAAAAAAAGCAAUAAUUAUUUUGUUACAGGUGACGCCGCCCCAGACGGUGGUAUUGUGGUUAAUACUCCUCCGGGUGAGUCUUUUUGAGAUUUUUCCUGACGUAUUUUACGAUUGUGUUAAUGCACAUGAUUUGCUAAAGUAAUCAACGAAGUGGUCGUCAGCCUUAUAAUGACUAAAUUGGUGAUUCACACGACGCCGACAGGGGCAGCAGAACUAUACUCUCUUUACGCUAAAAUGGACGAAAAUCAAACCUCGAUCUUUACCUUUAUUUCCCUAACUUACGACAUCGGAUUUCGACCUCCCCUUCUGACAUGAACUCCCAUCCUGACUUGUGAUUUUACCCCUUCGUGUACUGCACUAUUCACCGUGAACUAGUCGCAAUAUAUAGCCUAUCGAGAUUUGCUAUUGUUAAUCAGCACCUAUGUCCAAAGGUAAACUUCAUUUUGUUCCACGGAGACAUCUCUGCUUAAGCUUCUUGUAUACAACUUGCUUGCCUCCAUAUCUAGUUUCAAAUAUCUACUUUUGGAGGCUGAAGUCAAUUUCGCCACAAGGCUUCAUAGAAGGCAACCCAGCGUUCAGAGUACACGGUACUGUCCAACCAAGCGACGGUGGGGUGGCAUUUGACGGGCAGUCCGGUUUUCUUACGACGGACAUGGCGAGUACUGACUGUGUCAUGGAUCCUGCACUCUGCAUGAAAGGGCUUUCGAUUGGUAUGAAUCUGAAAUUCGACCAAUCAAUGAAGGACUAUAAGGAGCCUCGAUAUUUGAUUGACACUGGCGCUCAAAGCUCCCAGACCCGCGGUGUGUCCAUGUAUGUCAAAGAUGGGAAGAUAUAUUUCAAAUUGGCGAUUUCUCAGAAAGUUUGGGAGGUAAGAUGUUAACAAUUCGAAAUGGGAAUGGAAAGAGUUUUCCUGGAAUCUUUUAAGAGGAAGCAUGUAUAUAAAAUAAUCAUCUUUAGGCUAGCAUCGAUGAAAGAGGUCUAUGACGAAAAGGUUGUAACCUACAUAGCCAGUAUGGCGUGACGUGUAAACCGGCUAUCAGGACCCCAACGAUCGCGCUCUGCAAUAGCUCCCUCAUAUUUCACGGGUUACGUAGCCGUCAUCAAUAGUUAGCCUGAUUGUCUGCUCAGCUUUCUUAAACAUGAUUUAAUGAUUUCUUACCUAGGUGUCAGCUCCGUUAGAAUUUGACAAAUGGUUCUACCUGACUAGCACAUGGAGCGAAGUUGACGGUUUGUCGUUAUAUCAAAAUGAAGUUCUUAAAGCAACAGACGCACAAGGCAAACAAGAGCCGGCGAGACCAACUAACGCUGCACAAACAAACUUCUGUGUUGGCGGGAGAGUACCCAAUGUGUUUGGAUCAGAUUUUGCCAAAUUUUCUAUGAAAUCUCUGGCUGUGUUUGAUGAGUGCAUCCCGGCACCUCACACAGGCAGUGUCGCUUCUUUCUACAAAGAUUAUGACGGUUCAGGUAAGUGAUAAGAAGCAGUUAAUGACCAAAACCUUUAGAGGAUCCGCCGCUUGUUUCACUUCGCCCUUCCUUGUGUCCCUUAAACGAUUUUUACUUGUAUUUUCAAAGAUCAUUAGAUGAGGUAUAGUUCUAUAACUGCUUGAGUAAAUACUUGAAACUUUUCGUUCUUACUUUUCAGGAGCUCCAGCCAAAUUUUACAUCGUCUUGGAAGUAACAAACCUUUCGAAAAAGAAUUUAACGCUGUUUUCGUCAGAUCAUUAUCCGUCCAAUGGCUUCACUAUUAACGCCGGGGUGGUAGCGAAGAUUAAAAAAGCCGUAUCCAGGCCCUCGGCGGUAAUUUUCACUGCACAAGAUGAUGGGAGUAAAGAAGCAUUAUACUUGAACGGUUUAAAGGAAAUUUCUGCGACGCCAACCAAGUCGCCUUUGCAAGAUGUGAAAGUGACCAUAACAGGAGAAGGUAGCCACAAUUCAAGAUAUUUUUUUCCUUCAUUUUUUAAAGGAAAGCCUCAUGCGUUCUUAUUGAAAAAGUGAAUAUGUUUUUUUCCAAUCAUUUGUCGUGCUUUAUUUUGUCUCAGGUGGAUAAUCUGUUAAAAUUUCAGCAUUUGAGCAACUUAUUGAAAUGUCAGCACUUGAGAAAAGCAUCAAAAUGUCGGGAAAGAGACUCUCGAAUGAGAAGAAUUUUUCCGUUGUUUAAGGCGUUUUUUCCCUUGAAAUUAAAAAUAUUUUUGGCACCUUUUUGUUUCUUUAUUUUUUUUUAAUUUUAUUUUUCAAUUUAAUUGAUUACUUUUCCGAAUUUUCCUGUUAUUGAAUUUCAUUCUUUUCUUGAUUUUAUUUUUUAUCUAUUUGCAAUUUUCAGGACAGCCUUUUACGGAACCAGUAAUCAAUGCUGGUGAGUUCAUGAUACGUUUAAUUUUUCCGAUUUUUAUUUUUCCUUCAUUAGUUUGUUUCUUUAUUUAUUUCUUGUCUUUCUUUCUUUGAAAGGUGGAGCUAUGGAAGAGUCCAGCGUUUCAGGUAAAGCUCAAAAUUUACUCCCUUUCGUCAUAAUCAACUAGAAAGCUUGAGCACAAACGUGCCUCAAGAUACCGGCAGCAGCUGAAAGUUGAAAGUUCUCAUUGCUGAUACUCACGAUAGCUUUUUUGUCGGCACAGUUUGGUUUAAAAUGCCAAAAUGACGACUUUUCGGUUGAUCCAUCAACGUCAAAGCGCUCCUGAAUUAUUUCCAUACUUCUGGUUGUUGCAGGAAUGUGUCAAAAGCCUCUCUGCCUAACUUCUCCGGUUACUGCGACAACUGAGAGUUUCUUGCUAACUCUGGCCUCUCUUACUUAAGCCAAGACGUUUUUCUCUGCAUUAAAGGAAACUAAAAUAAUAUUUCCUUUUCAUUUUGUAGCACCUCCAGUUAACCCUUCUCACUCGUGGAUAAUCACAUCAAUGAAUGAUAAACAAGUACCUGGCAACCCACCACUGUCGAUUGUGGGAGGGUUGGAAGCAGUACCGGGUGGGGCUCGUUUCGAUGGUAUUCAGAGCUGCUUGAGUGGACAGCUUCCCAGCAAAGCAUGUGUCAUUGAUCCAGACAUGUGUGUUGAUGGCUUUGCUGUUGGCGCUAAGCUGAAAUUCAGUGACAUGUCGUUGACAUCAAACGCGCCACAGUACGUCGUUGAUACUGGUGCAAGCAACGGUAACAAGGGAGUUGGCAUGUUUCUGCAGCUGAAUGCGCUCUAUUUCAAGAUUGUUACAUCAAAUGCGGUUUAUCAGGUAUAUGCACUUCUACUAAAUUUAAAUGGGAAAUUCUUUAUUUGAAUUUAAAAUUAGCGCCACAAACCCAUCCUAGUGCGUGCUGAACUUCAUGUAUACCCCCCAAAGAAAAAGAAAAAGAGAGAGAGAGAGAGAAGAAGAAGAAGAAGAAGAGAAGAAAUGUGGUGGUUUCCUUAAAAUAGCUUUUCGUCCUUAUUCUUUCCAAACAGGCCUCCAUCCCCGUUUACGCAAACAAAUGGUUCUACAUCAUGGGCGCCUUCAGUAGGAAAUCUGGUCUUCAAGUCUACUCCGAUGGUGAGCUGGCGGAUGGAGAUUUAUUGGGCACCAGCGGAGAUCACGAGACUUCUGCAAAACCUCAAAACUUCUUUGUAGGCAGCAGUGUCAAUCAGGGCGCACAGGCCAAGUUUCAAUUGGGUUCAAUCUCUACUUUCAAAGGACAGCUGUCACCGGAAACGAUUUCUCACAUCUACAGUUACUUCUGGAGACAAGGUAAAGUACGAUUUUAUCCAUUGUGCAAUCUCAUUUCAAGUAACCUUUUCCUUAAAAUGAUUCUCUUCGCCUGGAUAUAAAAUGAGGAAGCUUUCUAGAUUGAUCUAACAGCAAAACGGGGAAGAAAAUGAUGCGUUGUAAUGAAAAAAAUAUCAUCAAAGUUAUUUCAGGUUUGGAAAAUUGAUUGAUAAACAAUCGUGUUACUCCUCAAACUGGAGGAAAUUAUGCGUCGAUCAAUUUGAAGCCUCAACGUCUCCCCCCGGGCAACCCCCAGGCAUGUGAGCUUUUGAAGAUUGAUGCGUUAAAUUCUUCCCCUCUCCUUCGGGGACUAAAAUUGUAUUCAAAUGCCCGGAUUUGAUUGUAAUGUUUUUUUGAAAAAAAGAAAGAUUAGCGAUCGUUACUUUCUUGUAAACCUUUUCUUCUGAGACAUCUGCUUUGUACUUUUAAACACCUCCAUAUUACAAGGUAAACAACUUUUAUUUUUUAGAACGUUAUCUCAUAGUUAGAAAGGAUAGUUUUUAAUCAGUAGGUCACUUGUGAUCAUGGAUAUGAAAUUAUAAUCACAAUGAAGGUUUUACCUUGGCUUUGUAAUUUUUGUUUCAGGAUCUGAAGGAGAAGGAGAGAAAUAUUUCAUGUCACUGAGAGUGACCAACAACAUUGGGCAAGACGCGCUAAUUUUCUCCAACGACAACCAAGCACCGAACGGCAUGCUAGUGAAAAAAGGUUCGACCUUGACGAUUGAGAAAACAAUGGUUUCCAAACUUCCCGUCUUCUUCACAGCCAUCGACGGCAAUACACUGGCGAGAUUUUUCCUUAACAACGUGGCACGGCUGAAAGUAAACCCUUUGCAUUCACAAGAAGACGUCAUGGAUGUCACUCUCUCACCGUCAGGUGAAUUGGUGUACUGGUUGCAUGUACAUGCUUAUGUCGAUUAAGGAAAAAUAUAGAUAUCAAAUAUAUAUUAUAUCGUAACAGAAAUAUUAAUCAAAACUGAUAAAAUAAUUUAUGAAGAGGAAAAUAUCUGUUUUGCUUACUGGUAAUGCGUGAUUUUAAUCUCCACAGGAGUUAAUAACGACGAAGCUGCCAGAAUUAUUCCUUCUGCUGUUAUUCCAGGUUUGAUUUCUCUUCUCAUCAAAAUUUUAGUAUUUUGCCUAAAUAGUUUUAAAUCGUGAACUAUGUAUAACCGACCGGCAAACGGAUAAAAGUAAUAUUUUGCUUCAGCUGUCUUGCGACACAGUGAACAUUUUCAGCGUUUGUUGUGAAAAAGAAUUGCUUCUUUGUUUUUCAGUUGGGUCUUUAAAAGAUUAGAAAAAGAAAAAAAGGUACGAAAUCAGCAAAAAGCGGGGUUCGAAGGGACUCCUUUGGCAGCGCCCCCCCCCCCCUUUAAACUCUGUUUUCGACGACUUAUCCCCCCUCUGUCCCCCCCUGAAACCAUGUGAUCUCCCAGAUCGUCCUACUCCCCCCGGCGAUAACUAACGACUUAUCCCUAGAUCUUAUAUUUUUCUUUAUCAGCCAGUCCAGUCAGUCCGUUUCACUCCUGGUCUUUCAUCUUCAAAACUCACGAGAAAAUAGUAGGAUCACCGCCUCUCAAUUUAUUUGGCGACACACCCAUUCAAGGUAGUGGAAUGUCAUUUGACGGAGUGGGUACCUACGCUACCACCUCCCUACCAAAAAGUGACUGCUUACAAGACCCGGGACGGUGUGUGAACGGCUUCUCUAUGGGUGCUAAGCUGAAGUUUGAUGAAGAAGAUAUGUCGUACUCUACACCCAAGUACAUUAUUGAUAGUGGAGCCCGCAGUCUAACCACACGUGGGGUGUCGGCGUACAUCGUAAAUGGCAAUCUUUUCUUUGAACUUGCCACAGCCAAAAAGGCUUGGAAGGUGAGAAAGAUGUUGAAAGAUGAGAUGCGUCCUCGAUUUUUUUUUUUAAUAUUGUUUAUUUAUUCAUCGAUUUCUCCAGUUUUAUAUAUGUCAUAAAGUUGGCAAGUUUUCAUUUUGUCGAUAACGUGCUCUUUUUGUAGAGACGAAUUACAUGAAAUCCACAUUAGGAAAGUACUGUUCGAAUAAAGUGAUUCGUUAUGUGCUUUUCAGGUGCAAACUAAAAUUUCCCCCGAUGUGUGGUGUUACGCUAGUAUGACUUGGAAGAAUGAUGUUGGCCUCAAGCUGUACCUUGAUGGUUCUGAAGUGGUAUCUGAUUCUACCGGCAAAGACCUUGACCUUCAACUUAACACGAACAAACCAAAUUUGUGCUUUGGACGGGACGUACAAGGCCAAGGCCAUUUUGCUAAGUUUGCUAUCGGAACAUUCUCAUCAUUCAACACAUAUUUGUCGCCGCCAAUGAUGCGUAAUGUGUACACCUUCUACUUUAGGAGUGGUGAGUGUUGGCGUUUGUUGUUGGGGUCUCAUCAAGGGGCUAAUGAAAGGGUGCUGGAGAAGUCAAAAGAAAGUUCAGGAAACGAAUAAAUGUAGCUUUUGUCGUAUUUGAGAAUUUUCCUUGCUCUUUUUUCCUUCGUGUUUUUCUGUUGUUUGCUUAAAUUGCCUCCGCUGCUUGUUUUACAAUACAUAUUAUAAUUCUCUUGGGACCAACACAAAUAAGAAUUGAAAAAAGCUACGUUUGUAUGAUAUCGUAAAUCACCUGGCCUGCGACUUGACUGCAAGUUCCAGAACACAGGCUUUGAGAUGAGAGACGCGACAUUUUUUGCAAUUGAAAUUCGCACAUGAAUUUUCCAUAACGAUUUUAAAAAGAGAGGAAAUUGAUUAAGCAAAGUUAAUUUUGUCAUUUUAGGCAUGUUUGAUGCAUCUGCUUCGAACACAAUUAAACUGCAAGUAAAAAAUACAUUUGACCAAGAUGUGCAACUCAUGUCAAGCGACAAAGAGCCAUCUCAAGGUGUUCAGGUGAGGAUUGGUAUGCUAACACUAAAUCUCUUGAGAAUUUUAAGUUGUAAUUUGCAAGAAGGUAGUGCAUCUAAAGCUCUUAAUGUUUACUGCGUCUCCUCUUUCCUCCGACGGAUUGCUCGCUGAGUGCUGCUCGCACUCAGAAGCUAAUUCCACCCACCUUGUGUCAGGACCCAGGGUAAUGAGCUGACAAAAAUUAAAUUACACCUUAAGUUACACUGGGAAAGGAGUAGGCUAAAAGGGAAAGUUGUGCUGGUGUCCGCUUCAUUUUGAAAUUCCUUCUUUUUCUUCGCAGAUUCUUAAAAAGUACACAAUGGAUGUUCGCAAAGAAGUGUCUCUUGGUCAACCGGUCACUUUCAGUGCUAAGGCCGGAGCUGUUAGUCUGUUGUUGAACAAUCAGGACCAAGUCACAGUCUCCCCGGAACUGACUCGUAAAGGCUCGUUCGUGUUGGUUAUCUCCAAGGAGAAGAUAAACGGUGAAGGGGGAGGUAGGAUCAUUUACGGUUCCCUGUGGCUUUACACUAAUAACUUUCACAUGCUACUGUGAUUAGUAUUGCACCUGUUUGUCGUAAAGGAUAGCAUUGUUAAUCUGAAGCAACCCCCAUAUCAGUCUUGACACUCACUUGGACAGGUCUCCUAUAGGCUGUGUCCGACAUCUUUCGAUGAGUGCCAGGGAAAGUGUAUUGAGCACAUAAAUUCAAGCUUUACUUAUUAACAGCUUCUCAUUUAAGUUUUAUUUCACGGUUAAAACGCUCUGUGUUUGAGAAAAGUUUUGAAUGUCUUAAGUAAAUUUUGGGUGAAAAAGAACUUGAAUUUCACUACCCUAACUGAGAAAAAAUAACAUACAUAAGUCAGCACUUUUGUAUGUUUUGUUUUGUCUUGUUUGUAUUUUCAUUUCGUCGUUUGUUUAUUCGUUCGUUUGCAUUUAACCAUAUUUGUGUACUAUAUAUCUCGUUGUAGGAACUUCAGCCGUUGGUACGUAUUAUAUUUCAAUGAAGAUAAUGAACAAGUCAGGUAAAAAUGUGGUGAUCAUGCCAAGUGACAAUAAUCCCCCUCAAGGAUUCCCUGUCAAAAAAGGCUUCAUGGUGUCUUUUACUAAGCCAACCACCGGAAAUUCGGCCAUCACGUUCAAGGUCAUGGAUCAGACUUUAACCCAGCUGAUGAAGAUUAAUGGCAAGGAUAAGGUUGAACUUAUCCCAACUGAAGUUAAAAGUGCACCGAAGACAUUCGAGAUUCUGGCACCAGGGAUGUCGCAAGGUUUGUGGUUUAACUUUACAUUCUGCCUCGUGGUGAAUUUAAGGGUGGGUUUCCUCUCACGACGGAGUCGUAGUCGAAGUCGUAAUCUGUAGUGCGGAGCGAAACAAUGUGGUGAAAGUCAAACCGACGGAAUCGAAACAAGAGUACAGAAUCCGUCACUCAUAAUAAGUCACUGGAUCGUAAGUUUGCGAGUACUGUGUGGAAUCGGAAGAAAAUGGAACCUUUCGAAUUCUUCGGACCGACUCCAAUUCUGUAUUGCCUAAAUUCCGCCAACGACUUCGAUUUUGGAUUUCUUCUAAUUCAUAAUCGCUCUAAUGACUCCAAUUACAACUCCGACUCUGUCGCUGGUGAAAACCAACCUUUAAACUUCACACUUUUGUUUUCUUUUGUUUAUUCUGUUUUUUGUUUUGUUGUGUUUGAUUAAUUUUGUUGUGUUUUUUUUUUGUCUGUUUUUUCCUGGUCCUUUUUACUAAGGGAAAGAGGAUCCGGAGAAGAUCAGUAUCGUACAGCACAAUUAGAUAUAGUAUCUCCAGCCAAUGCCCCGAGACCGUCAGUAGUAAUAUUAAUAGAAUUUGACGUAUCUUUUUAUAACAGGAGGACAGCAGUAUUACUUAAGUGUUCGCUUUAAGAACAAGGCCGGACAAGACGUGAUAGUCAAACCAAGCGACAAUAACCCCGCCCAGGGAUGGAAAGUAAAAAAGAACUUCAUGAUGGAUAUCACGAAAGGUACCGUGUCUGCUCAGCCUGUGACACUAGUGGCUACAUCAGCUGACGGCAAAACACCGCUGGCCAUAAACGGUCAUAUGGAGGAGGCUCUAACGCCGCAGCUUACGAAGGAUAAGAAGACAGAGUUAGUUCUUGGAACCCAGGGUAAGUUAAUGGUGAUAAAAACGACUUAUUACAGAUAAAGGGAGUAAUUUUAUGAAAUUUAUCUGCUCCGUCUGUUUUUGCUCUGCAGUCGUUUGCUUGUUCGUCCAUCCGUAAGUUAGUUCGUUCGCUCAUUGGUUUGUGUGUUUGUUGUGUAAUUCGUGCGUAGGUUCGUCCCCUCGUUCCUUCGCUAGUUUACUAGUUCCUUCCUUAAUUCGUUCACACGUUCGUUGGUCCAGCCGUAGUUUUGUUCAUUUACUUGGUUACCAUUCACUUAGUGGUCUACUUUACCUUUUAACGAGGAUUUUUUUUUUUUACUACAUUGUUCGUUCAGAAUCUAAUUGUUUAUUUGAAGGUUUUAUAUCCGGACUGGUCAAUCAGUUUAUAUAAGCACUGUAUAUCAAGUGCUUCUACGCUUAUCACGUUUGAACAGAUGUCUGAGGUUAUUCUAUGUGCACAAAGGGAAUGGAGAGUCACAAACGACUAGCUUCACGAACUCUUAAUUUAUUGCCAUUAUUUUUUAUUUUAAACUGUUUUGAUAUUUUACCAUGCAUGUAAUUCGGUAUUUGUUUUUAUUAAUUUCCUUCAGUUACGGGAAAGAAGAAAUCAGGAGUGCCCGUAGCCAGACAGCACAUCGCUGAAAAACCGUCGCUUUACUAUGUGACAUUGAAAGUCAAGAACCGUGCAGGCAAAAAGUCAAUCAUAGCACCAAGCUAUAAGGGUCUGAAUGAGGGUUUCCACAUUAACAGUGACUCCAUUAUGAAGAUUACGCGCGAGUUCCAGAGCGCAGAGCCCUUACUCUUAAAAGCCUUUGAUCCUGAUUCUCGUUUACCAAUGAUGAUUAACAAUCGUAAGAGCAUUAUCGUGAAACCCGCCAAGAUUAAAGAAAAAGUUACUGAUAUCGUCAUAUCUCCUCUGAGUGAGUAUAUGUCCAUUCUCAUCUUCUUUUUAGCUCUCAUUUUUGUCUCGAAAUAAUUUGAGAGCUUUCAAUUCGAUUCAAAGUUACUUAAUAAUGGAUUAUAGAGACUAUCACUGACAACUACAACGCUUGUUUAUGCAUUCAUUUGCACAACAGUGCAAGAGGCUACAAAACAGAAAUACGGAAAUUAUUUAAUAGGUGGAACUAAAAGGGUCAAGCGUUGUUUAAUUGAGAUCCUUCCCAUGAAUCUCUCUCAGAGAUAAGGGCCAUGACUUCAAGCUCGCCAGAGUCAAAACUGAACGAUUUAACGAGCUUUUGUAAAUUGAUAUUUGGUUAGCAUUUUUAUAUGUUACUCCUGUAACUACAUGAUUGGCUUUUAGAUUUUAACUUACCAUUGAUAAAUUGUAAACUCGCACUUAUGUCGCAUCUCAUUCUUUCAUAACGCUUUCAUUACUAUUAUUAUUAUUUGUUUUAUUAUCAUAGUUAUCCUGAUAAUUAUCGUUAGUACUAAUUUUAGUGUUAUUAUUAGGGAAUGUUUGAAUGGAUUGAAAAUGAAGAACUUGAUAGCUAAGACUUAUCUAUUUUUCUCCUUGCUAGAAGGAGGACCCAUGGGCCCUGAAGAGCGAUACAUUACACUGCUCCUCCAUAAUAAAGUUGGUCGUGAAAUUAGAGUGAUACCGUCGAGAGGCCGAAAAGCAGGGUAUGUUGUCGCCAAGAAUGGAUACCUCAAGGUGUCUAUGAUUUUUCCCAAGAGCGGAGUUCUCUCUGAACCCGUCACAUUUGAAGCAAAGGAUCUGGAAACUAUGAGUGAGCUAGAAAUUGAUGGUGAUGUGAAAACGGUUUCAAUUGCACCUGGAGAGUUCCCGGAUGAGGUGAUUAAUAUGACCAUCACCGCACCAGGUAAGUCGAAUUUUGUUUGUUUGUUUACUUGUUUGGUUAGCCUGCGAUUUGAUGACGACUGUGUUGGAGCCAGAGAUGUACUGCUUAAAUGUUUUAGUAUUCUGUGAUUUUAUCAGUAGAAUAAACGAUAUUUUUUCGGAUCGAUCGGAUCACGUGUAAUGUUUAAGUUAUUUUCUUGUAAUUAAAUGAUCUGAUUAGUGAUUAAACGCAACAAAAUCCUUCUUUCCACUGAACAUGUAAUUUAUCAUACACGCUUGUUUCUCAUCAGCGCCUAAAAUCAAGCCAGUCCAUUCCUGGUCGAUGUUGUCAUUUGAAGACAGCCAUAUUCCGGUGGGACACACUCCUCCGGCUGACAAACUCUCUAGCAGCAGCAUUAUCUUUCAUGCGCUUCAUUCAACGUCCCAGGACAUUCCUGGCAACCCCGACUUGAGGACACAUGGAGACUUGAAACUGGUUGACGGGGGUUUGUCGUUUGACGGACAGGACUCACAUGCUGUAGCGCAGGUCCCUGCCGAUGAUUGUGUGGUCAACACAGAGAAGUGCGCAGAUGGGCUUACAUUUAGUACAAAACUUAGGUUUGAGAAGGAAGACAGGGAUGAGGAGCUGCGAUACAUUGUGGACACCGGUGCUCACAACCGGCGCAUGCGUGGCUUUUCCAUGUUUACUCGAGGACCCAGAUUGUUUGCUUUGGUGAGGAAUGCUGAUAGAGAAUGGAUGGUAAGUUUUCGAAGGUGUAGCAUUGAACACAAAAGAGAGAGUAUAGUUUAGCUCAUUUUGCACACUAUUGACAUCAAAAUCAAGUUUUUGCCAUUAUUCGGUCAUUUGUGGUAACGAACUGAACAGUUAGGAGAUAUAUUUGAAAAAAAUAUAUUGAAGCAGAUGCCCCCAAACCAUUUACAAUUUUUUUCGACCAAAGCCCUUGUUCAAACAGUGUCCGUCUUUGAAAAGACUCGCUAAAGAAAGACUAUUUUUACUUCCACGCCGUCAAAGAAAUUGGUUAUCAAAUGCAGCCUCGACAUAGCCAUCAACUUAGCGCAACCCAAAGUGAAAAACUCAUUUGAGAGACGUCGAACCUAAGUAUUUGAUUUCACUUUUCUUUUAUUCCAACCGACUAUUCUUUUCACAAACUGAGUUGUACUCUUAUUGAUACUCUAGGUCGAAAGCCCGAAACUUAUGCAUAAAUGGGUGUACGUUAUGGUUACUUGGAGUAAGGAAGACGGAAUGAAAAUGUAUUACAACGCAGACCUCCGCGUUCACAAUGUCACAGGGAAACCAGUGCCCCUGACCUCAGUCACUUCAUACAAGGACAACUUUGUGAUUGGACGAGAGGUUGGAAAUAACGGUCCUUUCCACCCUUCAGCAUUUGAUAUGGCUUCUUUCACAACAUUUGCUGGACGUUUAGCGCAAGAUGAUGUCAACGCUGCUUACAUAUUCUUUUGGAGUGGGUGUAAGUAUUUCAACUUGUUGUGUCCGUAAGCUAUAAGUGUUCUUUGAUGUUUUCAACGAGCUGAGACCUGGAAUUAUUCAUGGAAAUCAAUUGUAGGGCCGAAAUGACGGACAGACUUUGCCCCUCAGGUUGAAAGCCGAUCGCUCACUCUUGUGCCGUUCUCUUCCUUUGCAGUAUCUGCUAAAAUAUAUUAUGAUUCUUUGUGCGUCACAAAUGAAGUUGGCCGACCUGUUCUUCUGAAGCCAGACAAGGGUAACCCCCAAGGGUUUGAAAUUGCGCCGGACUCCACCCUGGAGGUGACGCUAAUGUCCAUGUCAACAGACGGUGCCCCUAUCAAGCCUGUGUACUUCAUCGCUGAAGACAAACAGACCAACACCCAUCUAAGAAUCAAUGAUUUUGAUAAAGCAUUUCCUGUAACUCCCAGAGAUGGAAGGAAGCCUUGUAAAACGCUGCUUGUAACUGUAGCACGUAAGUUCAGUUGGAAAUAUAAGCAAAACCUACUUUUUCGGUCGGGAAAGCAUAGAGUAGCGGUGUUUGACGUUACUUUUAGUAUUUAAGAGUAACCAUUGGAGCCAACUAAUCGUGUCUUAAAUUUUUAUAAUAGCUUUACAAGUUUGUCCUCACUGUACAUGUCUUAUUAUAAGGAUGAACGUGUCUCUUUUCUGUUUAAAAUUUUGUAUCGUGUUCAACAUUAAAAGUAGUUGAUAAAAUACGAUUUACUCCCAUAUAGCACCAAAAUUGCGCUACAAGAAGAUGUGGCCGCUACACAAAGUAGAGAAUGGUCGACUUGUCGGAGACGAUCCCGUGCCCGAGGCCCACGGAGCUAUAGUUCCCCUGGAGGGGGGGCUGCUGUUGAAUGGCAAUGAUUCUUGGCUGGAUAUGGGCGACUUUGAAGGUGAGUGACACACAGCGACUGAAAAGCAACUGUUUGGUGAACCUAUGCUUCUAAACUGUGACUGGAGAUAAAUCUUGUGGAUAGGUGGAGCUACUGUCCCCUUUGCCUUAUGCCGUGGAAAAUCUCGAGAAUGAACCGUUGAAUUAAACAGAUUAGAGAGUAUGAGCAGUGAAACCACUCGGCUGCGCUCCGUGGUUACACCUUUGUUUUGAGCUUUGUUGACGUCAUCUCUUUAAUCAACAAGGUUAUAGAGAAUACAAAAUUGUUGUCGAUUUAUUUAGGUAACAAGGAUAUUUAUAUCCAAUUAGUUAGUCAGUAACUGACAGUAAGUCUCUCUCUCUCUCUCUCUCUCAGUAAGUCAGUCAGUUAGUAACUCUGUUAUUGCACCUUCUUUACAUGGUACAUUGUCGCUUUCAUUUAAGGUGAAUGCCUGAGCAAUCCAGACAAAUGUACCGCUGGUCUGACGUUCGGUGUAAGAAUUAAGCUUGACGACGCAGCCAAAAGUUACAAGGACGAGCCUCACUACAUUGUAGACAGCGGUGGCUCUAACAAGAAGUCACGGGGUUUCACGCUUUUCGUGAAGGACGGCAAACUGUACGCAGUGGUGUCUGUCCCGGAUGAAGUAUGGCGGGUAGGUUGUUAUAUUAAUUCUCCAACAAGCUUUUCUUCUCACCGGUCUCGAUGAUUAAUGGUUCGAUCUUAUAAAUUUUUCAACAGGUUGAGUCAGACUUUGCCCUCAAUGCAUGGCAGUAUAUUAUGGUGACGUGGGCACGUGAAAACGGCCUUGCAUUGUAUAUCAACGGUACAGAGGUCACCCGAGCGAGAGGCUAUAUGCCCCAAGAGGGGGAACAUGAUAAAGAUUCAUACACCAGGCUUAUCGUGGGGCGCAAUGCGGCAGGAACACCAUACGGUUACACAAGGAUGGUCGCCUCAUCGCUGGCGUUCUUCGAUGCCGAGGUCCCAGCUGAAAGUGCCAAAGAUAUGUUCCUAUACUUCUCAAGCAAUGGUAAGAGUCUUGGUACACUUCUUUCCUUUUUUUUUCUCGCUACCUCUGAGUCAUUUACUAUUGGUAAAUCUAGCAUGAAGGUUCAAAUCAGUAAUGAAAUAAUAUCUCCUCAGGAUUUUAUUUGCCGGUAGCUCUUUAACAAAGCGAAGUAAUAGGAUUACUUUAUAACUUGAUAUAUAUUGUCUUAUUAGUCGAAUCGUCGUCUUCAAAUCGUUUCGUCAAAGUUCGUUUUGACAACAAAGCUGGUACUCAAGUGAAAGUCAUACCAAGCAAAGGACAGAAUAAAAACGAAGGAUACACCGUGCAACCUCACAUGACGUUGGAUUUGAAUUUUGAAGAGAAGGGCCAACAGAAUGACAUUCCUAUCCAGUUUAGAGUCGAAAAUCCGUGGGCGCCUGGGGACAAGUUACUGGUGAAUGGACAGCAAGGUCUGGUGACAGUGGUGCCCAGUCCUAAUAAGGAUGACAUCAAGCUCGUCACAAUAACUGCAGCUUGUGAGUUCUUUAUGUGUAUCUGUUUGUAUAAAAGAUAGAGAAAAUCUAGAAACUUAGCGCAAAGAAAAUAUAUAUUUCCAAAGGGCCACUUGAGGUUACAAUUCGUUCGAAUUUAGUUUGACCUCCUCGACGGUACAAUCGUGAAGAAAAACGGUAUAGAGAGGGUUAGCUUGUAAUAGAAAGGUGGCAAGAUAGCAGUAAAAAUGACUAGAUCAUAUAAAUAGUUAUGUAUCAUAAUAACAUCCGAAAGCGUAGAACGGUAAUCGCAUAUGCGAGACAACGCGGUCAAGAAAAUGAUCAAUUCAUCAAGUCCAAGGGAGGCUAAGCUCAACAAAACUUAAAACGAAUUUGGAGUCCAAUGCCAACUGCCUGGUAUUUUGUUCUCACAAGCACUCUCUUUAUAACUGCCGGUUAUUGAAGAAGCCAAGAAACUUUGAUCACCAAUGGGUCUGAUCAAUGUGUUAAAUGCUCAGUAUCCUUCUUUUCUCUUUUUACUAGUCCGUUGUCUUCAGCCUGAGGGACUGUUUAAAGACCCAACCGACAUUACUCACUACAUCCAUUGUCAUAAAGGCGAGCCACACACCAUGACGUGUCCGGACGAGAUGACCUGGGACGAUGCGCGAAAGUCGUGCUUUGGUAAAGGUAAAUACCUUUUUCGAUAGUAAAUGUUUCUUUUUGAUCAAUCCUAUAAUAAGUUCAGCAUGCGACAUAGUUUUUUUGUAUGUUAAAUUCUGAUGAUGUCUGGAUUUUUCGUUCAUUGGUCAAUCAGUCAUUUGGAGAAUUCUUACUCCGAUUAUUGGAAAAGAAGUGCCACUUUCUAUCGAUUUAGUAGAAAUAAAUAAAGGCGGUAAGUUUCUAAAGAAAUUGUGGUGCUACGUCGUUGGGGGAGUAUAACAAGAUAAUUUGGUUUAUCAACUGAGUUGACAAAUGUUGAUUAGCAACCGUAAAGAGUUUCUAAGCUGACGUUUCGAGCGUUAGCCCUUCGUCAGGAAUAUCCUGGCUGGUUGAUAGUCAACCUGAAGUUGAUAAAGAUAAUAAAUCGUUAGAAUACGUUUUUAAAUUUUGAUGCUAUGUACGUUACCCCUCCUCUGUCUAAAGGCUAUUGUUAGAGAGGUCAGCUUUUCAAAAUAUGCUUGGACGGUUUAUCAAACUUAAUCAUCCUCUCGUUGAUAUUUCACCAAAUGUUUCGCUCGCUCGCUGACCUAAUACAGUACUUGUCUUUAUGGUGAUCUUUUCUGUGUAACCUAAGUUGAGUCAGUACACCAUCCCUAAUGACGUUUUUCUUUGAUGUUCCAACAGGUCGCGAGUCGACUCUGAACGGGUCUAUAUAUUACUUUUACAUUAAAUUCACGAACAACGCUGGAAAGGAUGCCGAGAUUUUUAUUCCCGGAACGAAGAAGACUAAUGCCAUUCCCUCCGGAAAAUCUCUUUACCUUAAGUUCUCCAAGUACAAAAUGGAGUCUGCUGACUUUGUCGCCCUCUCCCAACCUUUUAAGGAACCACUUCAAUUAAACGACUUACCGAUGAUGAGCAUAAAACCCGAUUUAGACGCCGAUAAAGUCGUUCCCGUCACCAUUACAAAUCCUCGUAAGUAUUGAAUAAUUUAAGCCGCGUCUAAACGAGCCAGGUUUACCUGCCUGGGGAGCUUUUGAGGAAAACGUUGUUUGCCGGAUGAAUUGGCCGUAUAAUUUUUGUGAAGCCCUCAAACAAUUUCCUCGAAAAGUAUCCUUCAUCCAAACUAGAUCAGAAUUACCAUGCACAAGAAAACUUUUCAAGGAGAGCCUUUAGUAUUUUUCCAUUUCCAAUUAAGGGAAAACGUUAUCAAAUGAAAACUCGUCAAAGAAAACUUAGCAUUUCUAAGCCGGUUAUAGAGUUCGUGUAUAGGGAACGUGGAGAUUUGUGUUGGAAACGUGUAGAGGGGCCGGACUCUGAGAAAUCGAUUGACUCUAUGCUUUUUAUGAAAUGUUUAAAAGGGAAAUUUCAGCAAAUUUAUAGUAUUUCGAUACAUAGCUGCAAUGAUUUUCGCCUUAUUUUUCAGCAUAUUACUACACAGUCUCAGUCAAGACUGGAAAUAAAUACAAGGGAGGUACCGAUGGGAAAAUAUUUCUCCGACUUGGCGGCGACAGAGGUUCUACUGACAAGAUUCAGUUGACUUCCAAUGUACCCACGGGAGUAAGGCACUUCAGGACAGGACAGUAAGCUAUCUUUGUACUACAACUUGUAUCGGUUGAUAAAGUGCAAAAACGCUUCAUUUGAGAUGUUUGGUGAACUACAGCGAGGUCUAUGAUUUAAUCUGCUCUUGCACUUGAAGGCUUCUCGGAUUAUUUGCAAUGUCUCGUACAAGCACCUGUUCAAAGCAAGAGACUGUAAACUAAUCUCUUGGUCCAAAGGCGUGACUUUUUUGUGGACAGUUACUCAAUCGACGAUAACUGUCAACUUUGUUUUAAGAUUGGCGACACAUUUUCGCACUAAAGCUCCCUCAGCGAAAACUUGGAGUAUGUGCAUUACGACUGGGAGUAUUUAACCAAUAAUACCAGAGGAUAUUAAAAGAUCAUCCCUCAUAAUUUUCUUUCCGCUUUUAAGGCUUGACACGUUCCGAGUUGCAGCUUCCGAUAUCGGAUUAAUUACAAAAGUGUUUGUGGAGAUGUACAAUACUGGACAAUCGAAGAAGUGGUACCUAGAAAAGGUGGGCGGUGAACUGUAUGGUUUUAUGCUUUCAUUGAAAUGUACACAUUUGAAAGGAAUAUAUGCGUCUUAAAACGUUCAUGGCUGCAUAAAGUCUCAAUACUCAUCUUGUUGUUUCUUUCAGAUUUCUGUCAAGGAUAUGAAAGGUAGAAGGUUUGAUUUCCCUGUCAAUGACUGGAUGGAUGCUAAAGAAGGUGUCUUUGCGCAAUCAGAAUUGACCCUCUCCUCCAAUGGUUUCCACGACGAGCCCUUGAAACCAGCUGUUAAGCCACAACCCCAGGGUUUGAGUGCGUUUUUUUCUUUUUAUUUGAUUUUCUUCUGUUAUCAAUCGCGCUAUAUUUUUUUGUUAAAUUGUGGCACGUAAUUACAGAUGUUCUGAAUAAGUUGACCUUAAUUGCGGUUUUUUUUCUUUCAAUCACGAAGAUGACUGCACCGAGCCUUGCCAACAUGGUGGAACUUGUGUAGAGGGACAAUGCAUUUGUCCCUUGAAUUAUGAAGGAGAACACUGUGAGGACGGUAAGAUCUUCAACGUAACAUUGAUUUGCUUAAUUUUCACCCAUUUCAUCUUGCCUUAUCCUUCAUCCCCUUUUAGAAACCUUACACAGCUGUUCUUUUACUGUUUACAAUUGAUUUCUAUUUCUUCUGCUUAUUUAGCUGUUUGCUCUGUGACCUGUUUCAAUGGAGGUCAAUGUACAGAUCCCAGCUCCAACAACUGCUCUUGUCCGCAAGGUUACACAGGCUCUCUGUGUCAAUCACGUAAGUUGUCAUGAAAUCUUCUUGCGGUUUUGAAGUCAGUAAACUUUCGAGCUAAGACACUACAUACACCUGACUUCAAACCAAAAAAAGAAUUCUUUGUUGAGAUAAUUUGCGAUAUGCUUUGAAAGGAAAAACAUCAGAGACAAUACCGAUCGGGCGUUCCCUGGCUAAAGGGCCUGUAUUGAUUGCACUCUGUCUUAUGGUUAUAUAAAAUACAUCCCACCUACACAGUUACAUUGUACAAUCUCUGAGGCUAACCAUUUGCAGUAAUUGCACAUUAGUAACGGUUGCUUCAUACCAGGAACGGUCAUUACAAAAUAUAGAUAAGGUUUUGAACGUGCACUUAGUUCAGAUCUCAAACUGACGGGAAUGAAAGCAUAUGUCUCUUGUUUAGUUUUAGCUGUCAUCUUAGGGAGAAUUUUUACAUUUUAAUCUCUGGGAUUUCCAAACUAGCAAAAGACAUCCAUUAGCCACUUCCACAAACAUUUAGCUUCUUGUAAUCUAAAUUGCAAAAGACACGAAUUAAAACUAACGAGCCAUGGUUAAUUUUCUCAGCUGUCUGCAACGGCUACUGUUUCAACAACGGCGAAUGCACUGAGCCAGAGAGCUGUACUUGCCCGCCAGGGUACAAUGGUAAAAGAUGUGAAAUAUGUAAGUAAGCUGUACAUAUUUAAGCUAACAAGAACGUUAUGUGUGUCUCUUCAGAGAACAAAACUCGUGCUAUUAAACUUCUUGUCGUUGUUGUUUGAUAUUUGUUUUUUGUUUUGUUUUGUUUUGUUUUUUUUUUUGUAUUUAGUCGUUGUUGUUGUUAUUUUUUUUUCUUUUAAAUUAUUUCAAUGCAUUACUCAGUAGACGUAAGUUAAGACACUAAGUUGGCGUGGUCUUUAUAUUUCAAAAAAACUUAUUCCCGUUUUUUCGCCAAACUAACCAUUGCUAGAGAAGCACGGCUAGUCAUAGCGAGUGGUUGGUAUUUGUUGAUUAACCCCAACUCAUAGUCAUUGUACGUUGCUUUUAUUUGCCCAGCUGCAUGCAAGCCAGAUUGUUUGAACGGUGGAACUUGUAACGCCGAUGGAACCUGUGAAUGUGCAACUGGCUACUCAGGCCCAUCUUGUAGAAUCGGUACGUCAAUUAUGAAUGAUAUUUAGUGAUCCUUCAGACCAAGGAUUACUACUGAGAGGAAGGUAGGAGACGCUGUAAGGUAGUACCCUGAGCCCCAACACCAUGAGUCCCAGGACGAGAGGUCCUGGCUUGCACCCCUCCCAGGAUGCCUCUCCCCGCUUAGAAUUGAAGUGAAUUAGAAAAAUGGAUACUAGCAAGGGAAUGCGUUUGGUAACUCUAAUGCAAAAUAAGCUUGAAGAGCUCUGAAUAGAUUGGAAGCUUGUGCCCUGACUGUGUUUUAUUUAAGAAGCACAGUCGCAUGCCUUCACAGGGGUCUUGCGUCGAAGUGAGGUACCACAUCUGCAUGGAACUGUUGAUACAUAAACGUUUCAGGGGGAAUCGAAGCUCACAAGGCUUACUAUCAAACUGAAACCACAUUUUCAAGAGACCUUAUUAUCUUUUUCAUAUCAGAAGAGACUAGUUUCAGACCAUUUACAUGAAAUCUAAACUGGACCUCAUUUCGUACGAGUAAAACCCCAACGCUACACCUUUCUAACACAACACGAAACGUAAAGAAAUAUGUGCCCCUGUCAAGUCCCCCUUUGUUUGUCAAGCAAACAUAAUUAUCUUUCGGGUCAUUCUUGUUUUGCAGGGAAUCUUUGUGGACUACCACCAAAUAACGGGCCGUGUUUAUCUGAGAUAAAAGAUGCUCUUUCUUCACCCAAGAAAAACACCCUGACUCAAGCUUGUGUUAAUUAUUUAUCGGACAUACAGAGUAGUUGUUCGCUGGGAAAAGGCUCGUCGAGCUUUGCAGAAUGCGAAAAUAUUUGUGGUAGGUCUUAAACAUCAGUUAUACGGUUUGAUUUUUAGUUAUUAUUACAUAUAUUUUUUCCCAUUUUUACGACCGUUUGUUUAACUGUGCUAAAUUUAAUUCGUAUAAGUCUUUAUCCAUCGUCCAACGAAUGAAAUGUUUCAGGACGAACGCGUUUCUUGCGAGUUUUCUCGUGCGUGUUCGUUUGUAGAUCCAUGUUUGGAUAGCCGCACUCUCACUCGUUCCCGUUUUUACGACCUUUAGCUCAACUGUUAGAUUUAAUUCGUAUGAUACCUUUAAUAAAAGAAAAAUUUCCUACAUGAAAGAAAUUGUUUGAAGCUCUUAUUUCGGAACGUCAUCGACACCUAAGUGCGGAACAUAAUUCUACCCAAAAUUUAAGUCUUGGUCCAACUUCCAACGACUGAACUGGUUCAGGACGAACGCGUUUUUUGCGAGUUUUCUUGUGCGUGUGUAGAUCCAUGUUUGGAUGGCCACCUUACGUGUUAACACUGGUCCACCACUUAUUUCGAGAGAACUGGAAGGUGUCUGUGCCAACGUAUUGUAUUUGAUAGAAACGAACCACUCUGUGACCGUAAAAUGUUUUUUGAAAUACUACUGGAUUUUUCUUUUUUGUUCAUUUUUACUGAGUUCCUUGAUGUAUCCUGAUAGCGGAUUCAUGUCACAACUCACGUCUCCGUAUCAUAUCACAUCACAUCGAAGGCACGUGCUCAAGUAGAACAGAUACCUGGUUAGACAUAACAUAGAGCGAAAAAACACUUUGAACUGAUGUUUAAGUUGUUUUAUUGGCCAAUUUUGAUGUAAAAUUUACACCUGGUUUUUGAUACAAGAAGCAUUAGUCGUCGGUUUUAUGGUGUGAGCCUUUGUGUUGUAUUAGUACAUGAAUGACCACGAGAAGCUGGCCCAAAUCUCUUUCUUCCAAUGACCUCUAACCAUGAAUUCCACAAACGUUUGCCAGCGGACGUGAUGGCCAAUGUUGGAGAUUAAGUUAUGUUCGUCUUAAAUAUCGAUGAAACAAGAGUUUUCUUGUCUAGCCAGGACAAGUGUCCUUGGCGCUCUAGUAGUCACGAUGUAAGGUAUUUGAUUUUGAUUUAGACGUGCAAAGUCGCACGUUGAUGUCCUUCGUGUACCUCCAGGUGAAUUUCUUGAUGAGUGGAGUCACGUUCCAUCUCAGCAUGUAAGCCUUCAUGUAUUGAAUUUUAGCAAAAUGCGACAACUACAUUUAGAGGAAAAGUGAAGUAAGAUUUUAAAACUAGUUGUAAGGCUACUCUAUCGUUAAAUGUACACUAUAAAUUUAAGUGUAUCAAAAGCAAACUCGCAGUGUAUAUUCCGAACAAGCUACAUUUACUGUUGUCACAUACGUCUUUACGCGCGAAAUUUAUCUAACCACCAAGAGCAAACGAAUCAAUACAAAACAAAGCGAAACGAAGCGAAGCAAAGCGAAGCCAUUAAAUAUUAUUAAGUCUGAAACAAGCAGCUAUUUAACUAGACUUCAACAGACGGAGAACCAUCCUGAAUUACCAGAAAAUAAAACUAACCAAGACAUACAAGAUGCAGAAUAAGAUCUAUCAUACAAAACAGAAGACUAAAUAACCAAAGGCAUAAAAACGCGAAAACUAAACUGGGCAAAAAUCGAAAAAUACGAAUAGAGACAAUAACGGAAUCUUGGCGCCUAUACUCAAUAAGAAAUUUCUAUCGAUUGUGAUUUGCACACGAUUCUCUGUCUCGAAUUUUCUGACUCUGUCAAUCGUUAACAAUAUACACACGUCAAUCGAUGGUCGAACCUAUAAUGCGGCGGAUAUUUUGUGCAGUAUUUUUCCAAGCUCUGUAGGGGCGAGGAAAAAUGAGAACAAUGUAAAAAAUGUCCGCUCGUAUUAUAUGUUAACCAUCGAAUAAGGAAUUUCUUUAUUCGACUAAUUUAAAGCUCUAGUCUUCCAGAUGCAUCCUAUAGCCUCAUAUGAAGUUCGAACUGAUCUCAUAAGGCGUGCGCGAAAUACGGACUACACAAACGCAGGCAUAAAGUGUUGGAGCGGUCAAAGGCUCGUUGUAUCUGAAGCGAAGUUUGGAUCGUUCAGAGAGGCCAUUUUGUUGCUUCACUUUUCCUUGUUCGACAGUGAAAUGCCGUGGCAUAUUUUCCCCGUUCUAGUGCCCUAAUAUGGUAAAAUGGCGUAAUUGUGGUAUAAAAUACUUUUUACGCUCUAUCUUUUAGCUAUAUUCGACAUGAAGGAAUUUGAUAUGAAAGUGGCUUCCUACACUUUACCUCUGUUUCCCUUUUAAUUUACUUCAGUUGUUAGAUAAAUUCAGAAAAUUCCGUGAUAAUUCCGAGUGAAUGCUGAAAAUAUUGUAAAUAUAGAAGUGAUAGCUAACAUCUCUCCGUACUGAGAUGUUUUGACUGAUCGAAAAUUUCUCUUUCGCGAUAAAUUGUUCUUCAUAUAUGCCGCGUGCAUCUAAAGCCUCUAUUAACUGCUAAUAGAAACGGCAAAAUAUUUAAAAAUUCGACUUGAUGUUUUAUAGAGAUAUGCGUGAAAAUUGAUUUUCCAAAUACAGAAUUCUUAUAAUCCUUUUACUUUGAAAAGGUUCUUCGUUACCAAUUGACAUUGUUCUUCUCUUCCUUAAAUGUUGCGGUGUGUGUCACUGAAUUCUUCCUUGUAAGCAGAUUUUCUAUCGCUCACGUUUUGAGCUGAACGAAUAUUUUAUUCAUAUUUUUCAUAGGAAUUGUUUCGUAUAUUCUUCAACAUUAAUAUUAAAACAGAUUCGUCACAACGCAAACGGAUGUUCAACAUUCCGUUAACAUUAGUGCCCUUUGGAAAAUAUCCGCAAAUAACCACAAGAGUAUUCAGUCUACGUUUCAAACAUUCUAUGUUUGAGAGCAGAACCUUGAGAGAGAUUGCUUUGCGUCACAACAAAGUAUAACUUGUAAACCAUUUACCCCGAAUUAACCGCUAUCACGGAAAUUACCUCAGCCGCUAUGGCGGUCUAAUUCCUGCUCGCUUUUCUCCAGUCCUGCAAUUAUGUGAAUGAAAUCAUAUUUUGGGAAAUAGAAUUUAACUGCGUAGUAACCAUUAAAGACUCCGUGUCUUCCUCGAGACGUAUCUGUGAUGUCAUUUCUUUGAUCUUUUGAAGAGUAAGUAGCCUAUAGACUCUAUAAACAGCGAUAGAUUUUUUUACGUGAACACAAGCGACAUUCUGGCUUUGUGAAAUCUGCUUGUUUUUACUUGGAGAUUUCGUGGGCAGCUUGGACGAUAAACCUUCGUGCUGAUCGGCUGUUUCGAUUGCUUUACUUUUCUUUUCGUUGCAUUCUACUAUAUGCAAUGCUCCGAUGAUUUGAGCGAAAAAGGUAGAGGAGUUUUGAAGAGUCUGUCUUUUCAAGAUCAAAUUAGAAAGGUAAGCUAAUUUCGUGUCUCUGUCCUCUUGGAUUUUGUUACGACAUGAUCAAGAUAAACCUUAUUGUACUUAUACCAAUUCAGAACAUUCAUUCUUUCAAGAACCAAAGAGUAAAAAAUAUUUAUGUUUUUGUAUCAUGAAGUUUAUUUGUCUGUGGUGGUAUUAAAAAGUACAAUGAGUGACUUAUUCUGGCUUUAUCAGUGGACACAACACGAAAACAUCACGGUUAAAAAUUUUUUAAUCGACUUUCGACUACUCGGCAACAACAAAACUUUGGAAUUCUUCUCAAAGGUGUAUACGUGCUUUUGUUCAUGUUUAGGCUCUCAUCUGACCAAGAAAUGAUUGCAUAUGAAGUAAGGUUGUUCUUCUCAAAGGUGUAUACGUGCUUUUGUUCAUGUUUAGGCUCUCAUCUGACCAAGAAAUGAUUGCAUAUGAAGUAAGGUUGUUCUUCUCAAAGGUGUAUACGUGCUUUUGUUCAUGUUUAGGCUCUCAUCUGACCAAGAAAUGAUUGCAUAUGAAGUAAGGUUGUGCCAAAAUCAAUUGGAAUAUAUUAUAAGGCAGGACAGUCACGUUUUUGCUGUUCUUCACCUCUAUUAAUUAUGUCAACAUUGUUUAAGUUAUUAAAGCAGAUGUGUUAAGUAGAAUCACGGACACUCGAAAUUCAUGAGAAACGAACAAAAGAUGCGUGCAAUAUACCUAACUGUCAUUAUAUUUACAAUUCCCUUGCGGCUGAGGCACGUACUGUGUGGGACAAGGAUGUGAUUAUGUGACACAAAAGUACCCCGAUCAAAAGAUAUUGAUCCGGUGUUUUGAUUUGUUUAUGUGGUUCGGUACUGUAGAUACUUGUGUCGGGUUUGGUUUUAUUUAGUAAAUCUUGUUUUUCUUUUCCCACAUCAGCCUUGUCGCCGGUUUUUUGACCCUCGUAAAUUCUCACUUUCGUAUUAUUCUUGUCGCAUCGCGGAAGGAAACGAACGUAUUUGUUUAUAAUAAUUUAUUAGUAUUCCGAUGAUGUCUUUUAGAAGAAGUUGUUUAUCUUCCUUUCUGGAAAAUUCUCUUGCGCUCAUGAUCAUUGCAGUUUUUGACACCUUAGUUUGAGUGCUAAUUAUUCGCUUGAAGAUGAUUACAGAAAGCUUGCUUUAGCAUUUUAUUUUCCAUUUUUUAGUUGUGCUGAUUAUUUUUGGAAAUAGAAUCACUACUUACAAAUUUGCAAAUCAACUGUUAAGAUUUUCAUAUUUCUGUUUAGAGAGCCAAGUGAUGUUUACUACAAACUCCAUUUUGCCAACGUUCAUUUUACGUUGUGUUAGCUGUUUGUGUUGCUUCGAUCAACAUAAUGAAAAACAUACCGUAAUACUUCGAGAGUUUUCGUCUAUUGUGUUAGGGAAUUAAAUAUAUCGCAUUCACAUGAAUACUGAUUUUACUUCAGCGUCAGGGCACCUUAAAAAUAUGAAUGUGUUUUAAAUUAGCUCCAAAGAUUUUUUGUUUUCGUAUAGGUGCGAGAACAAUUUUUAAACAACUAAAGAGUUGCUGUUGAUUAAACGCUCUCUUGUCUUUGCCUUCCUUGUCUCAAACUUCUCUCUCAAUCAAUUUUAAGGGGAUUGGGAGAGAUUUAAUGGUAUUAGGAGCGCAUUUACAAACUGAGUGAAAAAGCAAACUUCUCGUGAGGUUGCAACCAAAAUUGCUCGGAGUGUAUUUUAUAAACAGCUUAAAAGGCUAUUGCUCUCACGUUGGCUAAUCGAUAGAUGUUUGAUUAAAAAAUCAAAUCUGUCGGUUCUUAUUUCCUCGCCCACGUAGAAGCCCUCCUUCCAUUUGGUAACCAUUGAUUAUCCAUGCUCCAUCUUACAUCACAGGUCUUAGUUACGGUCACAAAAUUUUGGGCAACAAUUCUCGUUUCAUCCACCAAGUCCUGGAUUCAAAACAGACGUUCUUAUGUGUCGAGACAAGAUAAAUUGUCUGUAAGAUGUGCUUAAAGUUUUAAAAUCUACUUUCAUCUGCGAUUGCUGACACGAUCGGAAUUUUUUUUUCACAAAACUGGAAAUAUAUUCCAAACACGUGUCAAUGUCUGCACCUAUCUACGUUACUCGUUAACUGUAGAAAGCCAAAUGCACAAUAGUUAAGCCCCUUCACUAUUCAGCCUCCGAAAAUACUUAAUUGCCCUGCCAUAAAGAAAAUCUAUUUUUACAACUAAUCACCAUAGAGAAUUAUGUUUCCACUCGGUGAAUUCUUAUUUUAUUCACGAUGAUAAGAUUGAAAUAUAUUAUUGAAGAUAAAUUUUCGUAUAUCUAAGCUUAUGUCUUUCAUGUACUCGCGAAUCACGAUAAUUCUAUAUUUACUUACAUAAUUCACGCUUAUUUGACUUACAAAUAAACGCUACUGAGCAAAACUUUAAUGCAGGAUUAUUUUUCAAAUCUCGUACGUGUUUUUUGCUUAGUUGAAAAAAAGGAAAGAAAAAAUGGAAGGAAAUGGUUUGAAUAAAGAAGAAAAAACGACAUCAGAUUGGAGUACGUAUCAUCCGACAUUUUGCCGUGUUUUUGUUUUUCAGGAGAAGGUGCAGUCAUUUGCACGAGUGUCUGGAGAAGUAAUAAAUGUAGCACGGAAGAACUGAAAUACUAUUUUGACCCCUCUACCAACAUGUGCCAGGCGUUCAAAUACUACAGCUGCGUGGGUAAUGAUAAUAAGUUCGGCAGCUUAAAAGAAUGUCAGGACAGCUGCGCUUCAAGUAAGUAAUUUAGUGAUUAAGCGCCACAAUGAUGUCGGUUGAGUUUUACUUUUUUAGAAAAAUUUUUCUUACUGAGAUGAAUUUAAGCAGUUUUUUGCGAUUCAAAAUUGCGUUCUGAAAUGAAUUUUUCAUUUUACAGGUACAAAACAAAGACGUGAGUUAUCCAACAGAACUCGAACGUCAAGAUCGAAUGGUCAUUUUAGAACGAUAGUAGAAAGAUUACACGACAUAGCCAGUCAGUCAGCGAGAUGAAAAUAAGAAAUCACAGCAUGUAAUUAAAAAGAAAAACAUUGAGAUGAACGUCCAGAAUGAACAGAUCGAAAAAUAUUUUGAACAAGCCAUCGAGACCUUUCUGUAAAGGUCUGUUGCUACAGAUGUGAUAUUUCAGUUGAGUGAAGACCGUGAUGCAAACGUAGUUCCUCGUUUUUUGUCGGUCUGACUGACAUUCUCCGUUCUAAGUUACUUCCUUACUGGUCUCACGUAGAGAAAAGCGAUGAGUUCUUCCUUGAUAUUUAUUUCACCCAUCGUACGAGGCUACAUGAAUACCGAAGCUACGCAGGAACUAUAUAAGGACGGACUUGUUGGUAUUUAUAGACUAAGGGAGUAUAGCACAAUAAUGAAAAACCAUACAGAAUAUUUCCUUUAAAAUGUAGGGCUUCGGUAAUUUUACUCAAUUUACUUUGAAGCGUUUUGAUUUUAGAAAAAAAGUGUGCAAUUUCCAUUUGAAAGCAUUUCCAAGUUGUGUCAAAAUCGAUUAAUUUUGUACUUUAACCAUAAUUGUUUGUUAAUGUGGACAACGUCCAAAUUGUCUGACUUCUUUUUUAUGUCGCACGUACAACACCGUUGUAUUUAAAAUCAAUGAUGUCGGCGAGUUUAUCGAAUUCCUUAUUCUUUUACCUUGGCUCUUUAAUUUUUCAGGAACUAAUAAAAAGAAAGUUCGAAUGAAGUCUCUCUUCUUUACUCCCAAGGAAGGUUUUUAAUUAUUUGGAGUAGAAAAAUUGCUUAUUCAUGAUGUCAUCUAAAUCUUAUGACUUUGUUGGACUCAUGUACUCUGUGUCAUUGAUGGUUUUGUAUAGAUCACUGAAUAGAAAAAAACUGAAUUAAUAAAACGCCUGAC